AGAAUGAAGUGAGCGCUCGUGUUGUAAGUGGGAAUCAACUGACAGCUUCUUCUACAAGAAGUGUACGCAGUUCCUCUUGGCCUUAUCGCACAACUUAUUACUAUCCAUCCUAUGCACGAUUGAGAUAUACACGGGGGACGGGUGGGUGGAUACCCGCAACUAACAAUGUGGAAUCUGAGUACCUGGAGGUGAGUUUAUGUUUCGUUACUUCUUAGUCAUUUUUUACCCAACUAGGCGAAUCUGAAGAAUCUUUUAUUUUCAAUUGGCUUAUAUCAUGAUUAUUUUUAACAAUUCAUUAUGAAAUUUAUCAUUAGUUUACAUGAGGGACCAUCCCUGAGGUGUGGUCAUCAACAAUGUGGCUUUUGCUGAAAUACAGUCUUCGAUCUACUUCUAACUCUGUUACUUUUUGAAUAUAUUCAGUCUUUGAAGAAACAAACAAACAAACAAACGAAAAACAACAACAGAAUAUUUAGCAUUUUACCCAUUAAUUUGCUCCGGUCAAAACGGUACACAAAAGACAAAAAGAGUAGUUUUAGGUCGCCUACCGGUUUUGGAAAAUCAGUAGUCUUCACCUUGCUUGUUUCUAUUUUACUUAGGAAUUUUGUUCUAUACUAUUAGAAAUUUAUCGGUGUAUAUUUUUAACCUUAUAUCCAGAGAAACUCCUACAGUUUCGCUUGACAAUUUACUUGUGUCGUCUACUCUAUACUGUUAAGUUCAUAAAAAACAAACCUUGUUGAAGUUUAUAUGCAAACAAACAUUGUUGAAAUAAAUAUAGCAUGACCUUGCCCCUUUAAAAAGGGUUUUUGCCUUCACAAAAGCAAAGCUUAUUACAGUUCACCAUCGAUAAAAAACAGCUCUAUUAGCAAGGGAACUUUCGAUACUUAUGCGAAUGUGUCGAUUAGACAUGAAAAGGGUGUUCGCAUUUAAGGGUGCUUAAUUUGAGAAACAAUAUAAGUAGGUCUUUUCCUAGGGACAAAGAAAACUAUUAUUAACAAUAAGGUUUCCCUCAAAGCGAGGUUCAACUGUGUUCUUUAACCAUUGAGAGUUUGAUAAGAGUCAAGAGUCAAAGGAAUUCUUUUCCAAAACUUUAAGGUGGUUUAAUGAAUAGAGAGUUUUAGAUCGGAGUUUACCGCGAACCUCUAACGCGGUUUGCGGUUACCCGUUUGUGGUUCGACGUUCAAACAUAAUUCCAUUUAGAUUGGUGGUGGAUUAGAGAAGGGGAUUCUCGUUUAUUUUUCCAUUUAGAAAUAGAAGAAAUAUCAAUCAGUGAAAAUAAAAGAAAUUUACAGUAACACUGGGUUAUCUAGCAGCAAAGAACUGUAAAUUCUUACAUUAGUUCUUCUUGCAAAUUUACGGCCGCCAUUUUGAAUCAGCAGCCAUGAAUUGCAAUUGUUUUCAAGAUCCAGUGGGAUUUAUCAAAUUUAGCAUUUCGCCCGAAUUUGUGCUUCUGUUAAUGGAUAAAGACUUGCUCCACAAGAUUUUUGUAUCAUUACGUGAGAUAAAACAAGAAUUAUACGCUAAAAGCUUUCAGGUAAAUGACCUACGUGAAAACCUACCUCCCCACGUUGAAAACGCACGUCGUAAACCUCAAACGUGACGCGAAAGACUUGUCACGUGACCUCCAGCGGUUAGAGGUUCGCGGUAAACUCGGAUCUAAACUUUCUACUAUCAUAAAGAGAACGUACAACUUUCGAAUAAGCAAAUUUUAUUUAACACGUUCGAUGACUCCCUUCCAAUACAAAUGCUAAUUUCAACUCAACGCAAACUUCGUCUGUCGGUUUUACUACAAAAGAAAUACUUGUAUACUUGCAAGAACAUUGUAACGAAACCUAAUUUAGAGGAAUUUUUACGUAAGCUAAAUUUGAACAAUAUCGCACUGAAAAUUGUGGGAAACGAUAUUGAAUAUGUGUGUCAACUGACAGGUUUUUUUUUCUUUUUUCUUUUCCAAUACUUUUUAUUUCUAUUGUAAUUUGUUUUGUUUCUUACUGACAUAUUUAUCUACUUAUUUAUUCUUUUACUUUCUGCUGUGUAUUAAUGUUGUUAAUUUGUUGUCAAUAAUAAAUAAAAAAUAAUAAAAAAAGAAUUAAAAAAAUAAUAAUAAGCGGAUCUUUUCCCAGGGACAAAGAAAACUGUCAUUAACAGUAAGGUUUCCCUCAAAGCGGGGUUCAGCUGUGUUCCUUAACAAUUGAGAGUUUGAUAAGUGAUUGUUCAACUUGUUCGACACGUUUUUGUCUAGGCGAGGCUAUCGAGUGCGAUUUACAUUACCGACGUGGCUACUCAAGGACGUUAUGGUGGAUCAGAGUUCACCAAGACAUACUCAUUGAAGUAUCUCGACCCUUACAUUGCUUCACAGGAGACUUGGAGAGAUGUGAAAGUAAGUCAAGGCCAGGGGGGGGGGGGGGCAGACCUACAAUCUAGUACACACAGAAUUUCGGAUCAAUUGCUGCUCCUAUACCGUAAAAUUCCGAUUAUAAGCCCUGGCCUUACACAACUUCGUGAUGGGCGUUUAGGAGGGCUUAUAAACCGGGGGGGCCUGUAUUCGUGGAGGGGACUAAAAAAGGGUCUCGAAAAAAGCUACGGCAGUGCUGGUCAAAAUCAACCUCACCUCCAAUGCCACGGAAAAGCGCCCUGGAGACGAGGUUGGAUCAAAAUUAUUUUUGAACAAAUCAAUUUCACGUCAAUACAAGCUAGAGGGGGGCUUAUAUUCGGAAGGGGGGUUAUAACCGGAUGUAUUUUUUUGUUUGCAGGUAGAUGGGCCUAUAAAUGGGGUGUGCUUAUAAGUGGGAGGUGCUUAUAAUCGGAAGUUUACGGUAUCCAUAAAAGCAACUAUAUCCUCUAAAUAUUAUCUGUGGCUUCUCCUAGAAGCUGGUGAAGCGGAGUAUUAUUGCUCGUUUAAACUGUAGCCUCUUUUACAUGAACGGGAGAUUUUUAAAUUGAGCUCUCGUCAAGCCGACUCAGUUUCUCGUUCAGACGAAAAGCAUUACAUCAGGAGGCUUUAGAAACAACUGUGUGCAACAUCCAGAUUACAAAAAAGAAAUCAAGGUUUUCAAGGUUGGCCUAUCAGUGUGACAUUUUUUCUUGAAUGGGGGAAGGAGUGGGUCAGUUGCAGUUUAAUGUAAUGCGCAUAUAGGGACACAAAUAAAACUGCUAAGGGAAGGGGUAAUGGACUAAUUCGACCAUAAGAGAAAGUGCAGUAAAAUGCAAUGCCUGGCACGUGUUUGCGUCAUUGAACUAUAUUACGACAUCGAGUUAAAAUAUAUUAAAUUAAUAUCACUAAUCAAAACUGACUUUGAUGAUGCUAGAACGUUCUACACUUGUUUAAAGCGUUGUCUGUAGUUUAGAAGUAAAUGUACCAUGAUACGUGAAUUUUGUGUCUCUUCUUUUCCGUUGCAUUGCCGCACAAAAGCUUACGUACACUUCAGUCCUUCUGUAUCCUUACAGCCUCUAAAAAGAAAUAUAUCACUCAUUUCUCAAUGUUGAUUGCCUCCCUUUUACACUUUUUCAGGAGAAUGGUGAAAUUAAAACGUUUAUUGGUAACAAGGAUGUCAAUACAGUAAGGAAGAAUUCUCUUCCGUCUGUAAUAUACACAAGAGCUAUUCGCUUUUAUCCGAAGUCUUACAACGACAGCAUCGCACUCAGAGUGGAGCUAUAUGGCUAUCCUGCAGGUAAAGUAUGUUGACUGUAGUUUGAAGAAGAUCAUCGCAGUUAUAGACGCAACUUUUGCAGUUGCGAAAAGGAACUACCAUACUGCGAUGAUCUUAAGUUAAUUUGUUGUAGGUUGAUAAUUGAAGGCCAUACAAUAGCAGGGACCUGUAUAAUUCUCCUAAAUCGCCCACGUCUUUGCCAUUCUCUUUUCGAUUGUUGUGUGUACGCCAGGGCGUGUAAGCCGGUGUUGAGUUUUCCCUCAUGAGUCUAGGUUGUGUACUUUAGGCAGUUAAAAAUUAACUCUUCUCUUCAAAGAGCACAAAUAAACAGGACUCCGAGGACUGAACAAAAAUCCUAAUUAUUACAUAAGUUGUACUACUACCCUACACUUAUAACAUUUAAAAAACUUCUCUAGAAUACGUCCUCUCACAUGAUCGUAUAGAAAGGCAAUCACAUCCGGGCGGGUUUUUCGCGUAAAUUGAGGAAUCGUCUCGUUGUCACUCUGGUGGUGGAUGGAAGCAAUACAUAAGGUUGAAACGUUCCUUACCAUAUUACUCAUGAUCCCAUGUGUUACGCUCCUGAUGUGUUUUAUUUCUCCUUUCUGUCAAAACAAAUCGAAUUAAGGAAGUCAUGAUCAGGCUUAAAAGACAGAGAAUUUUUAAAAAUCAUUCUUGUUUUAAAAACAUCUUGUAGUUUCCAAUAGGAAACAGUUUCCAGUUGCCGGCUUCAAGCAAAGUCAGCGGCUGCCUAUAUUGCAUGGUGAUCACUUUGUAUGUUUAGAAUGACAAAAAUAAAAAGCAAAACGCAGUAGAGAAUCGAAAGAAGAGUUACCAUUAUUUUCUUUUGUUUGCAGCUCUUCCCAGCCAGCCUGUUUGCAAUUAUGUACUCCCACAAGGUAUGCUUGUCGUAGGUCCAUCAGUAGAAAGAGCAGGUUCGGAUAAUGUAGGACAUUUGUUUUGUUUUUGCUUUGUAAACAUCUGACACAUUGGAAAGACCCCGAGCUUAACCUAUCACAAGAGCAGUCGAUCAUUCAAAGAUACAGUAAGAAAACUGUUUAAUUAGGUCUUGAUCUACUUGGAUAAAUAAUUAAUGAUGUCGGUUGUCUAAGUGCAUUUGAAUACCGUUUAAAAAAGGAAAGUUUUAGGCGAAAUUUAGCUGACGAAAUCUUCGGUCAAAAAAACUUGAAUUGAAAGCUUUUAAACCUUUAUAACACGAGAAGUCUCCACACUGUUGUCCGAAUAUUUUCUGUGUUGCUAAUGAGGAGAAUUGUUCUCAAAAAUACUCAAGGCAUUUUGUCUUUGAUCAUUUGCUUUAAUUUCAUGACCUUUGAGUUUCAGUUUUAUCUGAUUAAGCACACACGUGGUAAAGAGGAAUAUGAUGUUUGACGCUCACAUAAUUUACUCCGUUUAUAUUUUUUAUCGAUAGAUGGUAAUCCAGAGCCGGGGGGCCCUGGAACAGUGUAUUUUGAUGGCUACAAAGGAGGUUUGAGGCAUCGAGUGCUGAGUGUUGACAAUCAAGGAAGAAGAGCAAGGGUAGGUAGUCCAAGAAAGAAAAUGAUAGUAUUUAUCGCUUAAUCAAACUUUAGGAUAGUGCGUUCGAUUCAUUUUCUUUCCGUCCAGUCAUUUAAAGGUACUCAAACGCCUGCCACGCAGGCUAGACUUGCCAAAUUGGUUUAGAUUGAAAUAAAUGCAAACGUACUUUUUUAAUCCUCUCAGUUUCCGUAUCCUGGCUGUUCACUUUCGCUUUUGUAUGACCAUGCUUCCGUUCAUGUCAACAAGGUUUUUUCGUUCUUGAAAAAAAUAAACCUUCUAUGUAUUUAUUGAUCAAUCUCGAGGGUGUUUGGGAGGUAAAGUUCGAAUUGUUGAAUGAGAAUGUACAUGUACUCCCCCCCCCCCCCCCAUUCUGUUAAUAUAUCAGCGCGCGUCUUGUUUUUCAGUACAACUUACCUGAAAAGAGAACAUUUCUUUGAGUUUUUCUGCGGUAAAGAAGUCUGCAUGGAAAGCUUCAGUCUUGACCACAAGCGAAGCGUCGGAAAAAAGCUUGCAGAUGUUGUAUUUGCAUCCUAUCAGUAUCUUUAUUUCAAUACCUUGAAACUCGAAUCCACGAUCGCGUUACCAUUCUCGCAUCUUUUUCAGAUUAACAGUUCUUCAGAUGUUGACGUUUUUCGACAAACAGGUAACGUUAAGUAAACAUGGUAAAAUUUUGCCAUUAAUAUGCUCAAUGACAGGUAUAGGCAACCAAUAGCCAAAGAGAAUUGUCCCCUCUCUCAUAGACAGUUAAACACUAACUGGACAGAGAAGGGUUGAUCUGUACUCCUUCUAGGUCGUUAUAUUCAGUGGUCCCUAUAUGUAGUGUUGCUCCUAGUGUAUUAGAGUUAAAGGCAUUGUUUGGGUCCCUUUUUUUUGUCAUGGAGCCACAGUGGCAUCCGUCGUUUGGUAGCUGCAAAUCAUCAAUCGCCAGAAAUCUACUUUAGCAGACAAAGAUUGAGCAGCAAACGUGAUUUUUUUCCUCGUUUGCAGGAGCAGCAGCAUGGAUCCUAAAUACGACUAUCCACAAACUAGAGAAAAUAGAGAUAUCAGGAGGCGCACAACUCGUGAUCGCAGGCUCAGCUAAAACCCUGACCGUUGACAAAAUAACGGAUGACAAUACUGGUAAUCUGCACCUUCUUCCCUCCGUGAAGCUCCAGGUGAACAGUCUUCUGUCGCCUUGCGGGCGGAUCUUUCACGGCGCUGAACUCAUCUUGCCAGGUAUGAAGCCCAGUGUUGCUCUGGAACGCAAUGUUGAUAUUUUUGGGACACUUACUAUCCUUGGAGCACCGACUGUCUUUAUUGGAGCACAGAAGGGCGUGGUAACAAUGCAUCCGGGUGCAAGUCCUAGUAACCUAGAGUUUGGAGAACUCAUUAUCGCUUCAUCGGGUCAUCUUCGUUUGCUUAACUAUGACACGCAUUCCCUGAGUCGUGUCGUUGGGUUCUAUCUAUUUCAGGCUCUAGAUUCACGCUGAGCAACAAUUCUAAGAUGGAUGUCAAUUGCCCAUUAAAUUUAACUGGUGAUCACAUGAAUAUCGGACGUAACGCUGUUCUGAAUAUUAAAGGUAACAGUUCUGUUUCUUUUGUCUACAUGAAUAACGUCUUCAUCACUGGAACAUUUAACCCGGGAAUUCUCUCCCUAUCAUACGGUUGGAAGAGCUUGAGAAUUGAAAGAUAUGGGCACUUGAGAUUUUUUCCGCACGGUGAUGUGCGACUUGAUACAUUUUAUACAAACGGAAAUGUGCAAAUAGAAGGAGCCGUGUAUAUUAGAGGAAGAGACCCAGCUGUCACUAGGACCAUUGAAGUUGAUCAGUAUGGAAAAGUAGAGUUUGAUUUAGCACUUAGCUCCAAAUCGUCGGUCUUUGUGAAGAGUCAUUCACGGGAAUACGGCCCUCAUGGAAAACAUUCUUUAAAUGGAACCUCACUUGUUCACGCCGAUAUUGUUGUAGUCAGUGGCAUAUGGCUGCCGAAGAAACUACGAAUUGAACCAGGUUGGAAGGAACUCACUGUAAAACCAGGGGGCACUUUCCGCUUUGACCCUGUCGGCAUUUAUAACCUUGACAUGUUUCACCUGGCCGGAAAUGUCGAGUCCUUGAAUUCGCUUGAAAUGGCAGGCCUGUCGCAAGAGAGAAUACUUCAAUGUGGAUUCAGUGGUGUUGUACUAAUCGAAUCAGAAGAUCUGACUACAAUCCGUUGCCAGUUCGUUGUUAUAUCAGGAACUCUGCGCAUUGGGAAUUUGUCAAUAGGUUCUCUGUGGGAUAGCCUUCAUGUAAACGGCAGCAAUGGGAUGUUCUACUUUGAGACUUCAGAGCAGCUAAACAUCAAUCACACGAGGGUCAGUGGCUUGAUGCAGACGGGGUCAGCAGUCGGUCCCAGUGCUCCUAUGACGGGUGAAUCAGUUACCAUAGAAACUUCUGGAACAAUCAGCAUCAACUAUCAAGGCUAUCCCUCAACCAUUGUUGACGGAGCGAUUAAUUCCACUUUCUAUGUGACAAACGUUCAGGUCGAUGGAUUAUUUAGACUCGGUUCGCUCUAUCUCGUUUCCGACAACUUCCGUGUAGGAUCACUGGGGCGAGUGACCGUGAAUGGAGGAGGAGCGCUCGGGGGAAUGGGACCAGGAGCCGGAACUCCGCACAGCAGUGGAGGCUCUGGGGCUAGCUAUGGUGGAAGAGGAGGUCGUGGGGCUUACACGCGUUCCCUGAUACAGAGUUAUGGUGACAUUUUUUCACCAGGCGAGUGGGGAAGCGGCGGUGGUAAUGGCAGUGGAAGUACAGGCGGGGGACGCGGUGGAGGACGAAUUUUCCUCGACGUUAGCAAAAGACUUCGUGUUGAUGGAACCAUUCAGAUGGAUGGACUCUCUGGACAGGUAACUUAGUGCUCUUUUUUCUUUUAGGAUACCCGCGCGUUUUAAAAGUAUACUGAUGAGCUGUUAGAGACUACAAAAGGAAAUCUUUGACACCGUUGUUCAUACUUCUCCAGUGCAUCGGCAGGGAAUUUUCAACUGCAGUGAAAUCUGCAAACGAUUGCCACAUCUGCGGUCUCUACCGAGGUUCCUGUACAUGUCCGCUCAAUAACGCUUCAUUUUAACAUUUUGGUGCGCAAUUUCGUAUGUAAUUGCUUGGUCGAAUUAGGUUUUUUGACUCAACCUUUAAGCAUAGCGGUGGUAUGACAUUUAAAAUGAACGAAGUUCAGCGUACACUCAUGUGGUAGUGUAUGGUAGUGUAUAGUGUCCGAGGUUAGUGCCCUGCAUCGCAAAAGAGUCGAUUUCUAAAAGAGAAAUGUUUCAUGUCUAAUAAGGGAAUCAAAUAAAUCGACGCAUGCUUUUAAAGGAAAGAUGAUACAAAUUCUUCAAGUUAAUAUUUAGUUACAAUAAUUCAGUGAAGUUUACAAAUGUCUGCUGGAGGGAAAAGAAGUUAUUAAGUCAUGAAAAUCAUUAUUAGGCCAUAGCACACUUAAGUCAGUGUUGUAAUUUUUCACAGAGUUCGAAGCUUGAAUACUAAAAUGUUGUACCUCUGUCUCAUCCUGUGUAUUUUCACGUUAAUAUCAGACCUAUGGUAGCGGAGGUGGUAGUGGAGGUUCCUUGUGGGCAACCUGCCAGCAAUUUACUGGAAGAGGAAAAAUUCAAGCUAAAGGGGGAAACGGCUACACUAAAGGGGGCGGUGGAGCUGGAGGAAGGAUCACAGUCUAUUACAUCACGGGUGGUUUUCAUAGCGACCAUGCAGACGCCAGUGGUGGACAAGCGGGAUCCGGAAGUAAGCCUGAUUUACAAGUUGAACCAGGAGGCCCUGGCGUCAUUUAUUUGGAUGGAAAAUCCCCUGAAGUAAAAAAUCUACGAAUCGACAACAAAGGGCUUCAACCACUACUGGUAAGUUGCAAGUAAAUCAGGCCCCAUUUGUUCAAAAGUUGGAUAGUUCUAUUUACCGGGUAAAUCGCUAUCCGGUGGAUAAGUAUUAGAAAACCAAGUGCGUUAACCACUGAAUAGUGAUUUACCUGACCGGUACCACUAUCCACCUUUUGAACAACUGAGGCCUGGGUCACUGCGUGUUACGAUUCUUAACCUGCUUUUAGAGUCAUUUUGAACAUUAAGAAGCUCUCAACCAAUCAGAGUAGAGUAGGGGUUCGAGCAUGACGUUAGAUGAGUUCAAGCAUUGAGUUAGACAGUUUGAAGAACCUUGGAAAUGUGGACUAAUGAGCCUCUUUCCAGAUAAUAAACUGACAUAUUGGAUAAUGCGGUUGUUUUGGAACAUGGCAGCGAAUUUGUCAAGUAAAAAAAAUCCAAACGUAGGCUGAGAAUGACGCGUUGUGACUCAGUGAUAGCCAAUCGACGCUUCGGUAGUUGGAUUGUGGCCAAAUUUUCAUUGGUGUUUUGGUACCCCGUGUGCGUCAGUAACUUAUACUUACUUAGUUUACAAAUGUAGAAUGUUUACUUGGGGUGUUGCUGUCACAACCUAAUACCCUUUGAUUGCUGGCUUUUUUGUAUGGCAGUUUGUCAUUGCUUAAACUGAGGUUAAAAAAUUACAUCAAGUUUGAAAUUAAGUACGUACAAUAGUAUCUCUGAUAUUUGGCGGAAAGAAUUUCACACAUUCUUACUGUAUUUUUUUGUUUCGUUGUUUUAUAGACUUCACUUGAUGGAAAUUACAAGCGUAUCAUAGAUUCAGGUUUGUGUUUAUAUCCUGGUUUUCCUUAGCGGUGCUACUGGGUAAGUGCAACAAAGCACAAGAAUCAAAAUUUUUCGUUUCAGUCUUGUACUUGAGCUCGUUACUGCGUUUGAAAGCCUAACGCAGCACGAGCUUAUGGUGAUCUAUCAUAACUGGCCAAUAAAAUCACCAGUGCCAGCUCAAUCGUGUAAGAGAGAAUAAACUUACUUUUACCUCACCGCCGCGUACGUUCAGUAAUAUAAAAAAAAACAACGAAAUACAAAAAUUAUCUUUGGGCUUGCAUUUAUGCUUGUGUCGACAGUCGUUUUCACUUGAAAAAAGACUCUUUUGUAGGUCCAGGCUUAGUUAUCGCUGUUCAUAUUUUGAAUUAAAAUUACUUAAGUUAUUUGCUAUGUAAAAUAAAAGUUGCAUUUCAAAUUGAACUAUUUUUCCUCCAACAGGAGCUAUAGCUUAUCUUAACCCUCCUACGGACAAUUUCACUUACAAUUUUACGCUGAUUGAGGUUUAUGGAGGAGGUCAUCUAGUUUUCCCGCGCGCUGGAACUGAAGUGAGAGUUGAUACCAUAUAUGGAGAUGACACCGGCCACAUACAUGUGCCACCAGCCAACACACUUAACAUGACGGGAACGUCGGAAUACAGACGAAUCAACGUCACGUGGGCGCCGUUGGUAUACGAAGGUGCAACGUUUGUUUUACCAAACGGAACUGUUGAAUUUCGUAGAGCUGAGAACUUGGGUUAUCCUGAUAUAAAACGAAGUUCGUUUCUAAAAUUCUGGGGCAUCGUGUUAGGUUUUAAAGCUCAUCUUAUGGUAGGCUAUGGUGCAACAAUUUCCUUUGAAACGUCUUGUCCACGUAACUUGAACUUUGUUGGAAUAACGGUUCAAAAAACCAGUCGACUUAUUUUGAACAGCAUGGCAGGAAAUGAGUCUGAUGGCUGGACUGUGGAAAUUACAAAAGAUCAUGGACCGAUUUACCGCGACGGCAUGGUGACGAUAGAGGGUGAUGGUUUGUUUGAAGCUCGAUCGUUAAAAAUCAAAUCUCUGUCACUUACUGUUGAUCAGCGGGGAAAACUGGCUCUCGAUGGGAAAGGAUACGAAGCUGGUAAGACUGUAGAAAAUAACCAUUAGCGUAAGCUUAGAGGGAUACUCAUUCGGUAAAUGAGCCAGUCAUUACCUCAAUCAUUCUUUCGUCUAUCUCCUCAUUUUAUUAAAAAUCAAUGCUUUCCUUCCCUUUUUUCCAUUUAGUUAGUCAAUCAAGCAGCUUGUUUGACUAACUCACUGACUGACUGACUGUCAGCUAACUGGUCACUGACUCUUUCUUUUGUUGUGUAACUUAGUCGGCUACCAUUUAUUCGGCAUGUUUGCUUGUCAUACACUAGCAAUCGUCACAUUAUUGAACAGUCAGUCAGACAGAGGGGGGAAUAAACAGUCGAACAGACAAUGUGUUAGCCAGUUAGUCUGGUUAGGCCAAGGCGUUAAACUGCCCAAAUGAACUUUAUUCACAAUAAUGUUUCCAUUGUAACCAAUCACGUGACUACUUAUGCCUCAACGUCCGGUUUUGUUCCUUCAGGAUUUCUGCACUUUAGGAAAAAUUGACUCUACUUAAAAGUUUUGGCAACAUUUUUUGUCGUAGGGAAGGUUUCUUCUCAAGUCUAAUUGGAAUUGAGGUAAUUCCAGGCGACAUCAAGGUUUUACUGUUAUUGCGUGACAAAAGAACUUGCACAUUUUUUGUCACGUGACCUGGACAUGCAUUUCAAUUGGUAUCGUGUAGAAUGUCGAGUCAUGAAACCAUUCGGAAGUCAUUUUGCGUUUUAAGUUGUCACUUGACUCAUUUCGGACAUGCCCUUGUCAGAGGGUCUGAAUGGGGGUACCUCGAUAACAGCAAACACUUUAUUUUUUGGCUUUGUAACAUCAAACAGUUAAAUUUUAGGCAUUUUAACACUAACAGUAAAAAAAUUCUUUAAAACAUCAAAUUCUUUUCCAGAGAGAAGCCAAACCGGCUACAAAAAGGCCAAUACAGUCAACUCCCUUUAUAGCGGACACUGUAGGGACCUCGAGUUAGUGUCCUCAUUAGCGAGAGUUCGUAAUUAGUGGAAGUUUAUUUCACUCAAAUGUCUGUAAUUUGUUUUCGCCGGGGAAUUAACUGCUGUCCGUUUUAUCGAGGUGUCCGUCAUAGCGGGGUGUCCCAAAGGCGAGAGUUUACUGUAUUACUUUGUUUUGUCUAUCAAGGAGUUUUCGGCCACUUUACGUCAAUUUAUUAGAAGAUUUCCGAAGGCUACCGAAGAUUCCCGAAGACUGCCGAAAAUUUCUGAAGGCUAACGAAGAGGUCCGACCAUUGCCGAAGAUGUCCGAAGAACCCCCCCAAACACUUAACAGUAGGUUCUUCGAAACAGCAAACAUUAAAAAAUUGGCCAAUUUAACAGCAAAGACUAAAAAUUAUGGGCAAAUAACACUAAACACCAAACCCCAUUCAGACCCUCUUGUCAAUUUGAGCAGGAGCCUGGUGAAGUGUAAGGCCUUGGCAACCUUUCAUUUCAUAUCUUUGUUUCAUUAUCCACCCCCUUCAUUUUCACAUAGGCCUUAAUUGACCCACACCUUAAAACACCUGAGCAUGGUCAUCUGACCAGUUAUUACCCUAAUUGAGCACUCAGUCAGUCAGAGAAACAUACAGUGUGUAAGUUAGUUGAUAAGUAAGAAAUUAAGACGUUUUUUGUGUAGUAUAUAUUAUUAAUCCUUACCUGAAUUUAAGGUAACGGUCUCGGAGCGGGCACUGGAUCUUCAGACGGUUCAGGAGCGGGAUAUGGUGGCGCCGGCGGAAGCGGAAUGGUUACCGUGACAACAGGUGCACCCUAUGGGGAUUAUACCAAUCCUCAAGUCUUCGGAAGUGGCGGUGGACUGGGGAGCAGUGCUGGGUCUGGUGGUGGCGUUCUAUCAUUAGAGAUCACUGAUACUUUGGUUGUUGAAGGUACCCUGACAUUGUCCAUUUAUACCGGUUGUUGAAGGUUAUAAAUUUAGUCUUUCACAGAAACUUUCACUGAGUCUUUUACUGAAAACACUAAAGCAGAGCUUAUGUGAAACUAAUAUUGAUUUAAAUUCAGUCCGUUCUACUAUCAGUUGAAGGCAUUUUUGCUAACAAAUUGUGAGCAGCGAUAAAGAAGUGCAAUUUAUUAUCCAAAUAGAACUUCAUAUUUAUAAGGUCGAACUUCUACGUGUGAGUGCUUCUCUUUGGUGACCACCUGCCGAAAUUUCGAAAUGUUACCCAGACAAAGGAUUAUAGUUGAAACCUCUCGAAAGCGAGCGCGACCAGCGUGUGUGAUCAUUGAUUGAAAUUUUUCGAUAUUCUUUACCCUCCACAAGUGGCGAAUUGGCAGCACUUUCAGUUCUCGUAGGGAUGUAUAAUUGAUUAACGCCAUACUGCAAAACCCUAAUAAGACAAUUCAUUUUGUUAUACAUCACGAGCUCUAGCGUCAAUGUAUGUACGAGGUAACUUAGAGGCACUUCGGUGUUUUUCUUGAGGCAGUCUACUCCUUACCCUUUUUUGUGCUUUGACAAAAGCCUACGAUUUAAUUUUGCACAGGAUCUAUUACUGCCAGUGGCAGCUCAGGAGCAGCGUCAAACUCAGGUGGAGGUAGUGGAGGAAGUAUUCUCAUCCACACGCGCGCUCUGGAAGGUUCUGGAGUCAUAUCAGUUAAUGGAGGAAAUGGUAAUGCAGCCGGUGGGGGUGGUGGAGGGGGUAGAAUGGCUAUUUAUUGGCAAGACAGGGAGUGGUGGUACGGUGGGCUGAACGCAUUUGGUGGCAGGUCUACGCAAGGUGGAAACGGAGGGCCUGGUACGGUUUAUCUCGAGGUACGAUGUCUUCUACUUAAACAGAUUAAGCUGCCAACUGAACUCUGUCUUAAAAUAAAAAAUGACGAGAACAAAGCAGUAUAAAAUCUACGAUACAACAGAAAAAAAAAUCCACAACCAUUGUCUACUUCAGUUUCAUUUGCUUUCCUUCCUGCAGUUUUCUUUUUAUCAGUUUUCCCGGAAGACUGUUGGUAAUUUGGUCUAUUUAAUGGAAUGAGAGGUACGGUUAUUGAAUACUAAUCAAAAACCAUUUUUGAAGAGAAACGCCCUUUAAGGGAUAUAUUUUAGCCCUUCAUUGACACUGUGUAUUGUAUUAGUGACUGAAGCCUUUGUAAACCAUUCCUCACUAAAUUGGGUGAAUUCGGUUUUGUUCUGGUAUAUCUUAUAUGCUCGCCUAAUAUCUAGUGAGAAAAUCCGCAUGCACCUUCAAAUAGUAUUAGACGAGUGACUCAAGUUAAAUUCUGUCAUCAAAACCUGGAUUUUGAAUUUUGUCUCAGCUAGUUGUUUUAAUAAUUAUAUCAUUUUACUUUUUCGUGUUUUUAUCGGUAUGAUUUAUUUAUGUCGUUAACUAAGAAAGGUACUGCUAAAAUCCCUGGUUUAGCAGAUAAUUAUCUUCCGACAAAGGAGAAACCAGUAAUCUGUGCGCGUGCGCGUUUUAAUCGUUGCUUUUGUCUAACUGAAAUUGCUUAUCAAGCAGGACACCCAGCAUGGCAUAAAAAACAGGACCCUCAUCUUUGAUAAUGAUAACCUGAGUCCACGAUCCAUGGAAAUCGCAGAUUUUUCUUCGCCUGAAACGGACAGCGGUAGGGCGUGGCUGCAGCCCAUUGGUCAGGAGUAUGAAGUGGAAGAAGUGCAUAUUUUAAGGAAUGCACACUUGGCUUUGCAUCCUAACAUUACAAGGUCUGUGUUUAUUUUGUUUUAUCCUGUCGCAGCCACUCGACGAAUUUUUGGCGCCUUUAUAACAUGAAUAUAUCAUUAAUUUUUGACUACUUAAAUGGGUUCGGUUUAUUGAAGAAUCGUAGAAAUUGCAUGCCACCUGAUUGAAUCUGUGAUAUAUGAAAUCCGUCGUAGUUAUCAAAAAGUUCUAGGAAACAGGCCAAAGAAAGGUGACAAAAUCUUUACAGGUCCCAAAUUGGAGGCACGGUAACUGGCUCGAUUUCAUAAGACUUGGUCCAACUUUGAACGCAUUUAAGUUCUAAAUUUUUAAUUUAGUCAGUUUUUCAGUUUAAGAGAGUGUAUCAUUUCUUUUAUUCGUGUUACAAACCAUCUUGAGAUUGUUAUAGUUACCAUACCUUAUGAGUAGACAUUGUUUAGACCUUGAUAUCCACUUCCGUGUAAAAGGCUCUAAAAUAUUCAGCCCCUCGUUUUUCGUCCGUUUUUCGUCUAUAGUAAUUUCUGUUAUUUUAAGACCGCAAGUAUUGUUCCGCACCUGCCUGCUCUCGAUCUGCAGUCAAGCACUCUACCGAGUAAGCUAGACCUUGGGCGGUCGAAGUCUUUUAGCAUCAGUGUUGCUUUUAGAAGCUUCCGAUGGACGUGGCGACAUAUUCUUUUUGAAUGAAUACAGAGUCCUUUUCAUUUCUUAGCCUUAAAGCGUGAGAUCUCUACAAUUUUUCUUAGAUCACACCCCUUUGUCUAAUAAUUAUAGUUAUUUCUUUAUCUUUCUUCUUAUUUUUGCUUCAUUGUACUUUGUAGACCUCAUGGACUGAAAGUUUACAGCUUUGUAGGGGAUGGGACGGGUGUUAUUCACGUGGGACCAAAUCAGAUUGUGAUAAGUCAGAUGGCAGAUCAUGAGUUGUUUGCUGUAAAUGUGUUUGUUCACAAGGAUGGUCACUUUCACCUGCCGCCUACAUUUUCCUGUUACGGAAUCCAAAUAACAACAAGGUGAGUCGUUAAUAUAACAGAUGUUUAACCCUUAGUCUCUGGUCACGAAAGAAACAGUUAAUUUGUAAAUUUCAAGAAUCUCUGUUAAUUUUCAAGAGGUGCAAAAUCCACUCGUAGUCAUUUAGUGAUUUGUUACACAUACAGCAAGACAAAUUCAUCAGUUAAAGGGACACAGUCAGCUGAUGCACAUCCGCAUUAAAAACCAUUUCGUAGCUGAUUUGCAGGUCACAGGACACGCGCGUGAAACAGAAAGUGAGAAGCGCAUCCAGAAUACCCCAAACAAACCUUUUACAGUUGAACUUGUCACGAGCCUAAAUCGUGGUUAUAGACCCUAUGUCAUAUCAGAGCACUCAUUUUUUAUAUACCAUUUAUAGCGGAGCUCCCGCGCGCGCGAAGCGCGCGCGCAGCGGAGCACCAUGGGUAAGACAAUUUGGUAAACCAUCCAUCCCGGAAAAUUUGGUUAUGACGUAGCGUACGCCCGUCCGUACACACACUUCAUGUAAGCCGAUGUCAAAUGUCACAAUAGAUCUUGCACAGCUUGACUAGCCUCUUAGUUAUGUAAGCCAUCCGUAUGAGUACGAUUAGAUUGACAGCUGUCAAAAUGGGACAUGUGCAGACCGCUAUCAGAAAACUAAUAACGAAGGCUCAGGUUCGCUUAGGUACACGAUCUGGCAUUUUCCACUACAUGGCGGACGGAAAUGUCCUACUCACACUCGUAGUCUGUUAAUUCGAAUAUUCGCCAUUCUAAUGAAGGUUAAUUGACAGCUGUCAAACUAGAGUAUACGCUGACCAUCAUCACCUGAGUGGAUCGCGGGCUCAUUUUUCUAUCUAUUGAGGUCACGUAGUGUUUAAAGUUUUGCGCUGAUAUUUUAUUUGAUCACGGGCUCAAUUCGAAGCCCCAUAGCUUUAUAGAAAAUCUAUCCAUCCUAGAAAAUUCGGCAAUCACGUGACCGUACACCGACCACCCGACCUUCCGUCCGUCCGCACCACAGGCAUACCAAUGUUUAAUCUCACACUUUCUAGCUAGUUUGGGAGCCUGCAACCUGAUAUUGUACAUCCAUGUUUUGAUUAAUUGACAGCUGUCAAAACAGUGUUUCUGCUGACCAGUAUCGCCUGACCGUAUCGCGGGCUCAGGUAUCGACCCUCUGAGUUCGAGUAAUAUUUUGAAGGUAUUCGCUGACAAGUUGCUACUUUUCAAAUGAUCGCAGGCUCAAGUUCAAUUUUUUUAAAAUGCAUAUGAAAUAAGUCGUGUUUCAUGAGCCGCAUUUUUAAAAUGUUGAUUUCGAACUGAUCUCGGACACGAAAAUUCAACCGGUUUUUACAUUUACAUACAGGGAAGGCAAUCGCUUUUGACUUUUCUCACUGUCACGCGUUGAUCACACUCUACGUCCAAUUUUAAUGUUCUGAUUGGUCAAAAUUUGACAGGUGAGUUUAUGCGGAAAAUUUUUGCAGCGUCUUGAAACUUGCUUACUGAUAGCUGGAGCUGAGAGAGUUUUGUGUCAUCUUGUGAUGUUUUAAACUGUCUUUUUCUACUUGGUGUACAAAAUGAAAUACAGCUGCUAUCAAGAUUGUUCUGUAAUUCGUGGCUGGUUUGUUUAUUGCGCUUUUUGUUGGCAAAUGCACCGCUUGUGAAAGUCAUGGGAAAUCCGACUUCGGAUGGCAUCGUUUUCAAAAAUGAGCUUACUCACUUGCCUUUGCUUGAGGCGUAAGAAGGUUGAAAAGUCUCAAGCGAUUCUGGAACACUUGAUGACCUUCAGAAGCAGCAUCUCGACUGGUAAGCUUGAGCCAUUAUUGUUUUUGAUGUUUUUUUUUUUCGGUUUCCAGAAGUCGAGCGUAUGGUUUAUGCGGCUUAAGUUAAAACACGAGCAAUGAUCUAGCUACAAUAGUAUCAGGUUUAAAAAGCCUUUAGACAUUUUUUGACCCGCAAAUUCAAAGAAAAGGUUCCGAAGAUUAUUUAGUUAUGAUUUUGGCUGUAAACAGAAAGCUCUGAGCGAUUUUCUUGCCUCGAGUUCAUCUUGAAAAAGAGCGAACACCGGGAAGCCGGCUUAAAACAUAAAUAAGCUUAUGCUUGCCUGACUCAUGAUUUUCUGAGACACUUUACUCUCAAUACUUCUCUUCGUGAAUGAAAAUUAUUGCCUCUGUACAUGUUUCACCGAAUUAAACUUAUUUUAUUGAUUUUUAGUAGUCCCUCUCGCAAUUUUCAUCGCUGCACCGGUUGUUUCCAGUCGAACAUAAACAUCGCAUGUAGGAAUACUCAAAACGCCGCGCGUAAAUAUCACUCGCUUUUAAAGAUUACACAACAAAAUCAUACACAGUUUAAUGAAUAAAGGGAAAUAAAACCUAAACAUAACAAUUUCUCUAUCAUGUUGAAGCGUAAAUGGUAACUCUAUUAAUCGCACUGCAAAUUUGGUGCCUGUUAAAAGUGAGAACCCCUUCCGGCUGGCCGAAAAGUGAUUUUGGGAAUUUUUUUUUAUCGUUUUCAUUAAAAGCCCAUAAUUAUUACCCCGCAUAUCACAUAGGACCAGAUUUUUCUAACAGAAAACGUUUUAUAGAUCGUUUUCACUGUCACGCAACAAAAAAAUAAAUUGAAAACCGUCAAGUGAAAGAAGCCAAGAAAAUGAUAUGUUAUAAAAGACUAAUAUUUAAACAAUUUGUCCAAGUCUCAGGUCUUUUUGGCCCACAGUUUCUGAGUUAUUUGCCGAAACGUUUCACGCAUCUUUGUAGAGCUUUGUAUGGAGACGCCAUAUUGGUGCACAGUUUUGGUGCACCAAUAUGGCCGCCGAAAAUCAACAAAAACAUCUGGAGUUCACUUGUUCUAUAAAAGCUCCUUCUUUUCGCUCGAGAACUAGCCUACGUGCGCAUAAACAUAUCUUCUAAUACUUGAAAUGGUUAUACUGCUGAAAAUCAAGAGGAGAGACUUUUUUCAAGGAGACAGCAUUCCUAUUUUGGUGUCACGCACUGUGAAAACUCGGAAGUUCAAAUUGCUGUAUUUUCGAAAUGAAACAUGCUAUGGGACUGAAAACUUGUACAAAGAUUAACUUUUUGUUUAUCUUCAACCUAGUGUAAAUAAGAAUUCGUAAAACCGCGCUAUUUUGACUUUACAAUUUGAUGACGUCACUGUGAAAACCAUCUAUAAUUCAAUGCUAUAAUUUGUUGUGCAAAGGAAGCGCGUGCUUUGAUCGUCGUGGAUAUUGAAUGAGUGCAAAUUCUCUUGCAAAAUUGUGAAAAACUGCAGAAUUAUAAGUUUAAAUAGGGCAAAAAGAACAAAUUCUGUCUGAGGUCUGUGUACUGUUUACCUGAGACGUGAUGAGAAAAAGUAUGUUUGAAAGGCUGGUUUACACGCCACCAGAUUCGUCGCUAAGAUUUACUAGUAAACUAAACUUGUCGAACACAAAAAAUCCGGCCUGAGUUUUAUUUUGGCCUUUCUUUUAGACAGAGGAAUGCAACGUGUAAAUUGGCUGCCACCAAGGACUAUCGUGGCGCAUGUGUUUCUUAAAAUUACAUUUCGCGGUUGUCCAAUUAUCCAUAGUCUCUCUAACGGAGCAAUGUUGGAGAGACUAGUGAAUGCCACAUUAUGAUGCUACAGCUAAUGCAAAUACAAUACACGAAUAGGUCUAUUUGUUUUCCAGGCCUAAUCUACAGUGAUCGAACAUGAUUGCUAUUUUUCGGUGUAAAAAUAACUUGAUGUAAAAUUUGUUUCACUCUUGGACGGUCGAAUUCUGAUUUUUCUCUAAAAUCACUCAGCCUUUGCCAAAAGCCAAAUGAAUGUGCCCUGAUCUGUGGAUUACAAGUUUAUUGUUUGAUUUAAAUUAUGAAUUUAUUAACGGGAGCUUCGCUUUUAGCCCUGGCUAAAUCUAUAUAUUAUUGAGAAUUCACCGAUGGAUUUGUCCAGGGAAAGCCAAACAUCGACGAAUACUUCUGAAUUCGAUCAUCAGCAGAGGUGAGAAAUGACACGGAGUCUGCAUGAAUCAUUGUCGAAGGUUCAAGGUCUUGAAAGCUUGAUUUUCCAAACAUAUGUAACCUUUUUCAUCGAUUUUCCAAUUAUACAUAUAACGAUUAUUUGCUUGCCAAUGUUAUUGCUUCAUUUCUUUUGAUAUUUUUGUAAACAAAAGGCUAUUUCUCCCGCCUGGCGCCUACGCGUUUCUCACCUCUUCUCUUCAUAUUCCUUUGGAGACUGUUUUUAACCAAAUAUGGUAAAAUAAUGUCAUAGGAUGAGUUAAAGUUUUCUCAAAAAGAGGUUUCUGUAAAAGUUCGGGGAUCGAAUGAAACAAUAGGCAAGAUUGAAGCGGAUUUCUAGAUGUAUCCGACGCGUACAUUUGAUUUCGGGUUAAGGUAAACACUUUUCAAACUGGCAAAGGUAGUGACCAGGUCAGCGCGGUCCCAUAGUUGACUGUGUCCCUUAAAUCAAAAACUGAGGUCAUAGAUUUUGCGGUAUUGACUUCUUGGCUGUUGGCGUGCGCUCAUUAGGGAAAAUAUUCCAGUUAUAUUUAAAUGCUAUGUAUUGGUGUUAUCCUCCGAUCAGUCCUAAGGAUAUACGCACCUAUAUAUCUUAAUUGCAGGAGUUCCCCUUCCCGGGAAUUUUUGUUUCAAAAGACUGUUGAAAUACUAGUCGAGCCUCUUUCGUUUCGUCCCAAAAAGUCAACAUCAAGACAACGAUAAUUUCUUUCUCUUUCAUCUAACUUCACCAAUGAAAAUUCAUCUUUUUUAUCGACACUCUUAAUCCCCACGGAAUCAAUGAACGCUUUUUAUUCAACCAAUUUUUCUAAAUUUGUUUUUCAUGUUACCAUGUUUCAACCAAUAGUAUUGCUCCUCCAUUCGGUAUAUGAACCACAUACACCUUAUAAUCCCUUUAUUCUCUCUGACGAAGAGCUAGGGCUCAUCGGCUAUCUCAACACAGUUGAUAAAAACAAAUUUUUGUGUUCAUCUACUAGGGGCUACAUCGGUGUAGAAGACAUGACAGUCGCCAGGAACUGUCGGUUAUAUCUCGGUCUCACAGGUACAACAGAGCUCGCAAAUAGCGAAGGAACCUACGGAUUCCAUUUUCUUACUGUGGCUGACGGAGGAGAAGUGACGUCGACUUCUGAAGUGGUACGAAACUCGUUGACGUUGAACGGCGGCGAAGUCAAAGUUCAAGGAGGUGGAGCCUUGCAUAUGGUACGCAUGCGCAUUUUUGCGGGAAACUUUACUGUGGAUGACCUGGGGCACGUUAAGGGAGAUCCGGUCAAUGCGAGGUCAGCUUUAUUAUAUUUCCUAUUUGUAAACUUUAUUUAUGUGUGAAAGGUAAUUUGUUUUUGAUUCGGUUUUGGUUCACUUGGCUUUGUACCUGAAUAAACAAUUUGUGCCCUUAGUGUUGUUGCUCCUGAGAAAUAACGGAAGAAAUCAUGACUUGAGCGGUUUACUCGCGCUUUCAGUACUCAGCACCUACUAUCUGUUACUUCUUUUUAACCGUGAUUGUUUCAGACACUAACAGGAUUGUGUCGUUUUAUUGCACUAUGCACUUUGCCAUUGCUAUUGUAUAUCUAUCACUUAAGAAAAUGAACUGUAAAUUCCAUUUGAAAAAAGCUCUUGGCAGAACUUACCAAGAUGCUGGUUCCUUCGAGUAGAUUCCUACCUGUACAUAAUACAGUACUUGAGUGUAACUUCAGUUCUUCAUUUUCUAAAGCAACACUGAUUUUGUCUACAGAGAACGUCUUUAAUACAAAACGUGUUCUUCAGGGUGAGCUAUAUUUAGAACGUUAUUUGAUAGUUUGACUCUCUUCUCUUGCAGGUGCGCCGCUGGUGCAGGUAUUGUAAGCUCAGACGGCUCCUCUGGUGCAGGGCAUGGCGGGAAUGGAGGGCGUGGCAGACACCAAUCACGUGUUGGACUAGCUUACGGGCACUUGUAUGAACCUGAGCAUUUUGGAUGCAGAGGAGGUGGAUCGGGAGGACUGGGCGGAGGUAUAAUACGAAUGUCGGUAACUGGGACUCUACAAAUUGACGGAACAAUCAGCUGCAACGGUGGAAGUGGUCAGGAGGAUCGCUCUGGAGGAGGAAGUGGGGGUAGUAUUUGGAUCGACACAAAAUUAAUUAAGGGAUAUGGAACAGUUCAGGCAAACGGAGGAGAUGGAAAUAUGGAGUCACGGUAUUGAAAGCAUUUUUUACUGUCUAUGUGAUAUUCUUCCCCAAUAAUAAAAUAUGCAAACUGAAUAAGUGAACUUCAGUUCGACGUGCACAAUGUGUAAAUAAAUGACUAGCAAUUUGUGUUUUAAAAAAUAGGUGGAAACAGUUGAAUGUAUAAUUGUAUGAUGUUCGAACUCCGAAUUUUUCUGAUCAGACUUUUACGUCUUUACUAAUCAGCUGACACCAUUUGCUGUGUUUCAGUUAUAAUAUAUUUCAUGGCGGCGGAGGAGCAGGAGGGCGAAUCGCUGUUUAUUUCAAAAUUAACAGAACCUACAGCGGGGUGUUUCAAUCCUUGGGGGGCGAUGCUAAGGGGGAUGCCCUCCCUGGAGGCGCCGGUACCGUCUUUCUAUACCACCUUAUCCAUAGACACCGCACGCUACUUGUAAGUAAUGACGGAAGGAAAGUGAUUCCAGUGGCUCAUCGUAUUAUUAGCGACUAUUCCAAACCGGAACUAAUAACUGGAAAAACAUGGCUUCUGCCAAACUUUGGAGAACACAAAUUUUCUGGUGAUCAAAAUUAUCAUUUUGAAGAACUCCAGAUUUAUGGUGGAGCACAGCUAGCUAUAUUAACGCAUCCACAUAAUUGGUCUGCUUCCAUUUUCUUUCGAAAUAUGAUCGGCGAUCGCUCAGGUACCGUUCAUGUUGGCUACAAUCAAACGCUAGAUUUGAUCCGACCAAGUAUUGAUUUACCGUUUAAUGUUCGAGUGUACCGUGGAGGAUUCCUCGGUCUCGCGCCUUCCACCGAAGUUCACGGAGUAGAGAUCCACGUGGAUGGUGUAAUAUCGUACAUCAAGAACUUAACUCUACACCAUGGAGGCCUUUUGUCUUUAAACGAAGAUUCGCGUACUGGAAACGAAGCAAUUAUAAAUGAUUUCAAGUUUGAAUUCAUACGCGUACAGUAUGAAGGAGUCAUUAAAAUGAUAUCAUCACCUGUCUCACACAACGGAAUGAAUUUAACCGUGCGAGUGUUACACAUUGAAGGAGGAGGAAAAGUCGAGGGCAGUGAUCUAAGGAUCCUCGCUGAGAAUAUUAGCAUCAACACAGAAGGCAUUCUGACGGUAAGCGGGCACGGGUACAAGCAAUCUGACGGGACGGGACAAGGUGUGCAUGGGAAGAUCAACCGCGGUCUUGGGCCCGGAAAUGGGGUCGCAGCUUCUGGUGGAGGACACGGAGGGACCGGAGGGCGCGGAAAGAAUACACCUAAAGUUGGAGUACCCUAUGGAAACAUGUAUGAACCUGUGGAGUUUGGAAGCAGUGGCGGCGGUGAAUCCGGGAAAGCAGGUAAGCAGUGGUUUGCAAAUAACAUCAAAUUUUUAUCGGUUUCAUUGUUAAUUCCUGGUUUCCAUGAAUCUAUGAAAUAAUACUACAUUGCCAAACCUAGUGUCGAGAAGGAAAAGUACAUGGCAUUUUUACAAGCUACAUAAGAACAACUUUCAAAUUAAAACUUUUGAAAUGUAAUGUAUCAGACACAAGAGUUUUCAAAAUCAAACACCGGCAGGUGGGUUUAGCAAACGCCUUUUCUAGUCAGAAGUGUCGGGGUAUCUCUUGUUUGAUUUAGCGCCUCAAAUGAUUGAAAGAAAAAAAUUCUUGGAAAGAAUGUUAUACACCGGAAACGUAAUAAAUAGUUGAGGACAAUUUUAUUACAUUUCUGUAAAUAAGCAAUUGUUCGUGGAAAAGUUAUGAACAUGUCCUGAUUCUAAAUCUCCUUCACGGAAGUGAUUUCUUUGUCGUCUCUUUAAGUAUUACUUAUCAAUUGUGUGAGAUUUCAUGGCUUUAGUAUAUGACUUGAGAAUUUAAUUUCAAGCAAGAUGUCAUAAUACAUUGAAAGGUUAGACACAUUGAAUUCUGCCAAGCUGGUUGUACUACGUGGAAAUGAACUUUGAAAGACAUCAACACAACACUGAAAGAACCCAAAACAGAGCGGGAUCGUAGCUUGCUAUUUUUGUGGCUCGUCGGUACAGCGCAGCGAACAGAGAGGCUGUGCUGUAAAAUGCCCACUCACUCUGUUUUAGAGCCCUAACAUUGAACUCAAACGCUCACAGAAUCACGCCAUAUCACGUGUUCCCGAGAGGGCAAGAGUCCAAGUGUCACGUUGAUGUCUUGAAAGGUUAGUCGUUUUCGAUCCCUGGAGAGAGACCCAUAUUCAGGGUCUUAAAAAUAACUGAAGUGCGGAAGGUACUGCCUUUGUCCAGAAAAACGCAUUACCUUCGAAUUCUACCGUCCAUGGCUCGAAUAAAGCCAUUUCCAUCUUCUGAAGAGGACGUGAAAAGAAAGUUGACAGUGAGUAAUGUGUAUUUAACACAUUAAGACCUAAUUUUGUCAGUUCUCAACAAGAUACUAUGAUGACAGACAUGUUUGUGUGUGGGUUGAUCUUUUAGGUGCUGGAGGCGGCGCAGUGUUCUUAAAUGUCUCUCACUUGCUGGAAAUCGAUGGAAUCCUGUCAGCAGAUGGUGCAGACUCCCUUCCUCGCGGGGGAGGGGGUAGUGGCGGCAGCGUUUGGGUGCAUUGCUACAUCAUCAAAGGCUUUGGUAAAAUCACUGCAAAUGGUGGUUCUUCUCCAAUGGACACUGUUUACCCUUAUUAUCACGGAGGAGGGGGCUCUGGUGGAAGAAUUGGCGUCUACUUUACUAAGAACGACACUUUUUCAUAUUUCAGGUAACACUGCAUUUUGUGAUGGCAUUUGCAUAUUCUAAAAUAAGAAAUCGCAUUCAGAAUAGCACCCAGUAUUCUCGUAUUGUCAAAAUAAAACGAAAAAUAAGCAGAAUCAAGUUUGCAGACAUAAAACUUUUCUGCUUUAACAAUUUUACUCACAAAAUCCUUUGGUGUGACCAGUCAAAUGAAGUCUUUUCCCCAAUACUCGCUUUCGCAUGAUACUGUUUGUUUCCUAGGAUUUGACAAAAUGAAAUUUAAAAAAAAAACUAGGAAUUUGGACUUUGUUCAGUCACUAUAAACUAUAUAAACUAAAGUACUUGUUGAUUCAGUCUCUGUGACACUUUGCCCAGCAUUUACAUCAAAUGCUUCUAUUUAUGAGCCUGCAGUCCAAGUGGAGCCCACAACCCACAACAUUAGGCCUUAGUUUACACUUCCUUUGGUUAAUGGUAUAACAAUAAAAUAUGAAUCAAGUUAUUGACAUUUCUCUUACUGUGGCGAGCAGUCUUUAGGGCUCGGUUCCAUCACCACCUAAGGAUUACGUGUGAACUUUCUGCCGCCAUUUCUUUUGAUCCCGAGGAUUUUCUUGCACGGCAUUACAGAUAAUUCGGUCAAGGACCGAUUAACGAGUAUAGAAAGCACAAUGAAGGGUGACCGAGAAUUCGUUUAGGACAAAAAAAUGUUUGCCGAAACUCGCACCCGUGAAACUUGGCCCUGAUUCUUAAGAUCCUGUUUUGUUGUAUUUUUAAUUUUUAGUUAUCGAGCUCACGGGGGAAAAGCUAAGGCGGGUUUAGAGAAUGUAGAGAAUGGAGGACCAGGCACCGUAUUCCUCUACCACUUAGUUCACACACACCGCACUUUGCUUAUUGACAAUGAUGGCGGUAAACCACUGAAUAAACACAUCAACUAUGCAAAAUUGGAUGAGGAAGGUAUGGAUCUCUAUCUCUUAUUAACUGAUUUUCACUCAAAGCUCGUUCCGUCGUUCUGGAUCAACCUUUUGUGGUUGCUUGGGCUAGUCGGAUGUUUUCUCUACUUUGGUUUAUUUGUCAGAUCUUGUUUGCCAACAUUUUCAACCAACUCGAUUGAAACAAAUGCACAAAGCUGUCUUAAAUGUAUCAAUUUCUUGCCUAAUGGUGGGGUGCCUGUUAGGUAUGAAAUUAACUUAACAUAGUCAAAAUAGCUGCGAUAACAGCAGCCCUAAUAGAACGACUAAUGUACGUACUCGAAACCGUAACCAAAAUCAACCCAGACUGGUUUUGGUUUAACACUGGAUUGAUCCUCUAUUGUAGUUAUAAAUAUAAUAUCGUUAACUGGUUGAUUGUAUCUUGGUGCCUUUCCACGUAUUGGAAAAAAAGGUAGCUUAAUUCACUAUUUUCUCGUCUUUUUUCUAGGUGGCAAGGCAUGGGUGAUGCCAGAGUCAGGAAUCCAUCAUUUUGCUGAUCACACUCACAAGUUUCAUUUCGAAGAACUACAAAUUUACAAUAAAGCUCAUCUGGGAAUUUGGCCUCGGGCAAACAAUGAUGGCAGAAACGUUUCCUUGUUCUUCAAGUACAUGAUCGGUGAUAGAAGUGGGAUGGUACAUAUUGGAGAUAACCAAGUCGUGGAUUUGAAACGGCCUGAGAUUGACCUCCCAUUCAGUGCUCAAGUUUACCGCGGAGCUUUUCUUGGGCUCGCGACUUUCACGCAGAUCCAUGGUGUUGAGGUUAUAGUGCGAGGAGUAUUGGGUUACAUUCAGAAUUUGACAGUACAUCAUGGUGGUGAUCUGUGGCUUAACCACGGCGGCCGCACUGGUAACCAGAAGACUGAAAAUCGGUACGAAUUUGAUACAGUUCGAGUUCAGGACACAGGUAAAAUCCACUGCCUCACGUCCCCGAUUAAUGACCCAGAUCUCGUAUUUAAAACUCGCGCUGUUUUUAUCGAAGGAGGAGGACUCGUUCGAGGUUCCCGCCUCAUAUUUGUAACGGAAAAUGUCACAAUAGACGAUGGUGGUUCUUUGAUUGCGGAUGGCCUGGGCUACAAUACAUCACACGGUUACCAAGGAAAUGGUCUUCAUGGACCAAUUAAUCCCGGCCAUGGCUUUGACGGUAAUGGAGCAUCAGGAGCCGGGCAUGGGGGGAGCGGGGGUCGCGGAAGCUUGACAGGAGGAACCCCUAAGACUGGCUUUGCCUACGGAGAUAUGUAUGAACCGUAUAUAUUUGGUAGCGCUGGUGGGAAAGGAAGCAGUAGCCCACGAGGUGGAAGUGGUGGGGGCAUGUUAUGGAUGAACGUAACUGGAGUAAUUGACGUGGACGGUUUGGUUUCAGCAAAUGGGGAGGAUGCGAUAUCAUUGACGGGAAGUGGUGGUGGUAGCGGUGGAAGUAUAUGGAUGUAUUGCAAAAGGAUUAAAGGUUAUGGACGGAUUGCUGCCAAUGGAGGAGCCGGUUCAACCAACAGUAGAUCUCCAGGGGGAGGGGGAGCUGGAGGAAGGAUUGCUAUUUAUUUCGAGGUAAAUGAGACUUCAACGUACUUUGUGUACGAGGCACGAGGUGGGGCAGCCCUUGGAUGCCAAUUUGGUAGAGAAGAUUUGUGCAAGGCUGAGGCGGGAGGACCUGGCACCGUGUUUCUAUAUCACAUGAUCCACACUCACCGUACAUUACUCAUCCACAACGGAGGCCAGAAACCGCUGGUUUCAGCAAUUGCCGACUACAAAGAUUUAUCCGAGGAUGGAUGCCGCGCAUGGAUCUUACCACAAUCUGCAAAUCAUGACUUCGCAGGAAAGGGACGCGAUUUCCACUUUGAAGAACUUCAAAUCUACGGAGGUGGUCAUGUGGCGCUGCUCACGGAACCUGUCGGUAGGAAUGCUUCGUUAUUCUUCCGUCACAUGAUCGGAGAUCGCACUGGAACCCUCCAUGUUUCUGACAAGCAAGUCAUGGAUCUCCAUCGACCGGAAAUAGACAUUCCAUUCAGCGUCCACGUGUACGCAGGUGGCUAUUUAGGUAUGGCGCCGUACACAGAGAUACACGGCGUCACGCUCUACGUUUCUGGUGCAGUCGAUCAUAUUCAAAACAUGACGCUCCAUCACGGUGGGGCAUUUUGGAUGUACCACGGCGGAAGGACUGCAAAUCAGGUUAACAGCUCGUUUAAGUUCGACACCGUUCGAGUGCAGGACCAAGGCGUCAUUCGCGCCUUCACGUCUCCGACCACUCAUCCUGGAAUCACAAUAAUUGCCAGAGCGUUCUUUGUUGAAGGAGGUGGACUGUUCCAUGGAACAAGGAUGACUGUUCUUGGAGAAAACAUUACUAUCGACGAUGGAGGGCUAAUAACUGCUAACGGUCAAGGAUACAACAGGUUUAUUUGACUGUUUACACUAAAAGUACUAAAAACACUCUUGUGGGUAAUUAAUUUGUGUUGGAAAAAAGUAGUAUUUAUGUUAUUUGUUAUUUAUGUUGAGAGAUAUGUACGUUAUCUCCUGAAUAACAUGUAAAGGUGAUAACGCUAACGGUCACAAAGAAAACGUAGAUGUACUAAGAAAGCGCGAGUGCAGCAAAGUCGGGAGAACGGUUCAAACAUUUUCAAUCUUUCACAAACGUCCCAAAACAGUGUCAAGAGCGGGCGCAGCAUCGGCUUUCAUAAAUUGAUGUGAAAGUGUUAACACCAUUUGAUAAGGACUCGACCUUAAUGAUGGGACAAAACUGAAUCUGGGAACAAGACAUUUGUAGCUUUUAAGUAACCAAGCACAAAUAUUUUUAGAGGAUGACUUUGGGCGUAUGGUGAUUUAACAGUGUAAAAUUUACUGAAGUGAAAAACACCAUGAUUUAUACUUUUAGGAGACUAAAAAGUGGAGUCAGGUAGUUAUAAAUGUUGUAAAGCUAUCUUUUUAAAUGCAUUGCCUAGGAGAUUUUUAGUUUCACUUAAAUAUUCGGUCACUAUUAGUUCAACAAGAGACGCAAAAAGUACCUUUCACACAUAUAGAUAGCAUCCUGGGGCAUCUUUCUGUUCCAGUGCUCUUCAUGGGCUUUAGCAUGUGAAUAACGGACAAACAAAUCAUUGCCAGUGUGUUUUCUUUCAAGAUUUCUAGAACUGUAUGAUAGGUGCUGUUUGUAACUUUCGAGGGUGUUCUAAAUCACCUGCUAAACAUAUUUUCUGUAACAGGAGCCAUCCUCAUGGAUCAGGACUGCAUGGCGUUAUUAACCCUGGCAUCGGUUCCUCUAACAUUUAUGGCUCUUCCGGAGCCGGUUAUGGUGGAAGAGGCGGACGAGGAGCCCACGCCCAAGUGAUCGGAGCUGCAUACGGACAUAUCUACGAGCCACUACCAUUCGGAAGUUCCGGUGGUGGGCAGAAUUCAGGAAGAGGAGGUGGUGUGAUCUGGUUCAAUGUAACUAAUGUCAUUCAAAUUGAUGGCGAGGUGUCAGCUGAUGGUUCCCCUGGAGAGGACUCUGUAAGUGGAGGGGGUAGUGGUGGAAGUAUUUGGAUGCAUUGCUAUAGGAUGAAAGGUGAGCAGCAUAGGGCAGACUGUUGUUACUUAUUUCUAUUCCCGGUACAAACCAUCUCAAUCACGGUGUAACCACUGGAUUCUAAAUAAUGGGUCAUACGGUACUUACGAUCUUUUUAUUGAGCACUUCAAUUAAAAAACCUAUGUUUACAUCUGCACAUGUUGUUGACAACAACAAGUAUGUGGUUCUUGCUCAAUUGCAACAUUAAGAGUUUCCUUUUGUUUCAUUUUGUAAAUAAGCAUAUUCGGUUUCUAUUUCUCAUUAUUACUGUAGUGGGCCCCCAUCACGUACUCUUUUAUAUAUCGCUACUAUUUCAACAGUUGUCCAUCAAGCUCACAGCAAAAGGUUUGGGUAUUGUUUUGAGACGUUUUAAACUUGACUUCUUCAGCUGUUUUAUAAUUUAACAAUAAAUUUACAUCUGCUGUCCCUUUUUAAAGGAACUGGAAAUAUAACUGUCAACGGAGGUGCCGGUGGUAGCAAGUCUGGUGGUGGUGCUGGUGGAAGACUUGCUGUAUACUUCUCAGAAAACACCACCUAUACUGGGAGCUUUCAGUCCCGAGGAGGUGCCAAGGGCGGGGCAUCAAAUACUGAAGCAGGCGGUCCUGGAACGGCGUUUCUUUAUCACUUGGUCCAUACUCACCGAACGUUACUUGUGGAUAAUGGUGGUCAGCAUCCUUUGAAAACAAGAAUAUCCGAUUAUUCUGAUCUUUCACAAGACGGCUGCCGAGCUUGGAUAUUGCCUGAGUCAGGAGGCCAUCACUUUGCGAACGGCACACAUGAUUAUCACUUCGAGGAGCUGCAAAUAUAUGGAGGGGCCCAUCUUGCGAUUCUAACUGACCCAAUAAAUCGUCCAGCAUCGCUGUUUUUUCGGUACAUGAUUGGAGACCGAACAGGGAUGAUUCAUCUUGGCAUGAACCAAGUCAUGAAUUUACAUCGCCUGUUUCUUGACAUCCCGUUUAGUGCUUAUAUCUAUAAUGGUGGUUACCUCGGACUAGCGCCUAUAUCUGAAAUGAACAAAAUCGCGGUGUACGUAGAAGGAACACUUGAUCACAUUCGAAACCUCACUAUCUUAAAUGGGGGUUCCCUUCACUGCUAUCUGACAGGUUCCACAGGAGAAAGAAUGAGGCGCUAUUACAUUUUUAACGAGACCGUAAGAAUCAUGGCGAGGUCCCAGAUUCGAAGCCACAGUCCUAACGCCCAUAACGAAGCUUUUAAUCUUCAAGCUAGGAUCCUUAAUGUCGAAGGUGGUGCCGCCAUCAACACUUUCAAUAUGAAUAUUACCGCUGUCAACCUUACUGUUGAUGAUGGCGGGGUAAUCGAUGGAAGCGAUGGCGGUUACCUUGCAAAAAAAGGACCAGGUGGUUUACAUACCAACAACUGGCGGCGUGGCGGAGCAGGGCAUGGCGGGACGGGUGGCAGAGGCAGCUGUGGAGGAUAUCACACAUGUAGAAUGAAGAAGGGACUUCCCUACGGGAAUUUGUAUUAUCCGAGGGAUUUUGGAAGCGGUGGCGAUGGGAAUGGUGGAACUGGUGGUGGCGUUUUAACCAUCGACGUUUUCGAUACACUUCAGGUAAGAUUUAACUUGUUGUUAUUUGCAAGCUGCCAAUCAGAAGCAUGCUUUGAGUUCGAAUAAAGACGGUUUCAAGUGCCUUGUUCUAGUCCUGCCAUAAAUGGGAAGCUAGAGAAAGUAUAGCUUGCGUCGCAGACACUCUAAACCUUCUGUAUAUAGCGUCUGCGAAUUAGUGCACAAUAACGUGUUCAAAUCCCGCAGAGUCGCAAUGUCGACAUUUUGAUUGGCAAGUGCGAAACGUGACCUUAGACAGAGGUUUUCCCUGCUUUCUAUGUUUAGCGUAGAUUUUACAGUGCAAGGAGUUUAACAGAGGAAGUUUAACUAAACAAAUCUUAUUUUUGCCGCUCUGAGUCUCACAUUUAGACGUUUUGAAGCUAGUAUGUUCAAUGCAUUUUAAGUAGAUGUUUUUCUGUAGAUGUUUCCUGGCAGGAUUUGAUGACAUCUACAGUUUGCCAUUUUUAAAAUGGUUUUCCUUUUCCUCUGGUUAAACCUUAAGCUUUUUAUUGCUGCUAAAUAACCUUAUAUUUCUUAGUUUCCUUGGUUUUCUCAGAAGUGCCUAGACCUGAAUAGCUAAAUGUGUGUAGUUUUUUUGUCCUUGAAUAUUAUGAUUUCCUAAUUUGUUUUGAUGCUAGCCAGUGUCGGCGAGAUUGCAGAAUACGCGAGUGCAUCUGCAGCGAUUGGAAGACUCUGAAAAAACAGUCGGCAACUUAACAAACAAAUUCUGGCCUUGAAUGAAUUCUCUCAAAGCAUUUUUUUUCUUCGGGAAGAAGGUUUUCAAGUUCAAACUGCUCUUUCAUUGUUUACAGUAAACGCUUUUUGCCAACUUCCUUCUGUUGACAUGUCUAUGCCCAACAGUACAGUCACGCACGCUCAAAUGUGUCCUUGCGACACUGCUGAAUAUCAGCACGAGCUUUUGUGCACUAAUUCGCAGACGAACUAUAACAAUGGUUUACACGAUACGUGGACCGGCUGCAACGCAGCCCAUAAAAGUAUCGUGAAGUGCUCACACAGAAACUUCUCGUACUUUACGUUGCAGUAUUGAGAAGCGUCUCCUCCUCCAGCACUGCAACUGAGCGACAAAAGAGUCCACCGUGACAAAUCUUUUCCUUUUACACACCUCAAAACUUCUCAUUCCUAUUUAGUAUCCCCUUAAUUUCUUCCCAGGUUGAUGGUGUAAUUUUGUGCAACAGUCGUCACGUCAACACCAUCAGUGGUGGUGGAAGUGGUGGCAGCAUCUUGAUUCACACCCAGGUCUUUUCUGGCGGGCACACUGGCAUAGUACAAUCACAUGGUGGAAGUGGUGCGGCAGGUUCGGGCGGAGGAUCAGGCGGUCGUAUAGCUGUUUACUAUAGUAAUAAUGACACACACCAUCCUUAUAGAGGAAGGUUUGACACCAGUGGCGGGAAAGGUACUUCCGGUGCUGAAGCUGGUGCUGCCGGAACUGUUUAUCUCAAACAUACCGGAAGUGGAUUUACUACGCUCCAAGUGGAUAACAAUGGACAGAGGUCCCUGGAUGACGAGAUUCCGAAUGGUGGUCGAUUGUUAGAUCUAUCUGGAAGCACUCCAAGCCGAUCCCAAACAUAUGUAGCACCAAAUGGCGUGACAGUGACGUCAAGCUGUCCACUGUACACAUGCAAUCCAUGGAAUCGCUGCAACAGAUGUCAAGACUGGGCUAUCGCUCAUUUGUUCGACCAAGCGCUGUCCACCAACAGAUGCGAUUCUUACAGAUCGAACUGUCGGUACGCUAAGCUCACGUUCGGCUUUAAAAAGUCCUUGUUUAUUAACCACAUCAGACUUUACCUAUAUUGCAGUGGAUCUAGGCCUCGGUUUCGCGUAAGUGUAUUGCCUUUUGAGAGUUUAAUGUCUUGAGUUACGAAGCAUGAUGGUGAAUCUUCCAUUAUAUUAUCGGGAAAGUAGAAGAGAGCCAUUCGAUAGAAGAGUGGCUCUUGGAAUUUGUUGGCCGUCUUUAUGUGCCACAACAUAAUUUGAUUAAAUUUAUUUAAGGUUUAGCGAGAAAAGGGAUUUAUUUUUCUACGUAAUAGUCAUUUUGCACAUUUUACCACAUUUUCCUAAUUUUGUUACACGUAAAAUACGGGCCGGAUAACCUUCGGAUCGUGGAUGGCGGACGAGAAAAAGCGGUUAAAAAAUGCCGAUGGAAAAACUAAAUAAAAGAUAAUUAUGAAAGUCGAAAAUUAAAAGAGAGAUAUUCAAAUAUUAAAUGAAAAAGGCUUCUUCGUUUGGCUUUAAACUGUUUAUUAGCAUGUUAAAUCGUAAAGUUUUUCAACAGAGCAAAUUAAUUAACGAAUCCUUAUGAUUUCGGAUGUCCUAGGUUAUAAUGACUGAACUUAAAAUUUUUUUGCCAAACAUCAUACGACAGAUUCUUUCCUAACUACGUCAAAUUAGCCUCAAAGCCCUCAACGUUUGUAUUUGCAAGUUUGAAGGUGAUCAUUGACCAUACAUGUUACUGCAGAAAAUGCUGGUCAAAUUGAAUCUCAAAAUGCUAAGUUGACUCGUGCCAGCCUUACUGAAAGAAAUGGGUGAUACGAUGUCUACCUUAUGUGGCGGAAAAAGGAGAAAUGUAUGUAGCAUGAAGAAUAUGACAGAAUAUCGUCUAUUUUUCUUGAUGUGCUGCAUAUUUGUCCCUUAAUUUUCAAAACCAGAGUCCAACACAACAACAACAAUGUAUUUAUUUAAAGAAAUAUAACAUUUACAAUACUUUAUGACCUGCAAAUAGCUAUAAUGCUAAUCUAGGCAGGACAAGACUUUAACUAAGUCCAUUGUGUUUUGUUUACUGAUAGUUUUAUCAUGUCCGUCAUCUACAAAACAUCGAAACCUUGAUCUUCAGUGUAAAUAAUUACGGCUACCUGGGCCCAUUAAUAAACGGGAAUUUCGAGGAACGGGCCCCUGGACAGUUCUAGAUCAUUUCAUGUGAUGGUAAUCUUAGAAGGACGAUCUGGUGUUGUAAGCAUGAUGUAUUCAUGAUGUAUUUCAAAGUGUUUGACCUCUUAUGGUUAUCCCGGGAUGAAAGAAAAAAUGCCUUAUUACGCAGUUGGACAAUGGGCCCCUAAACAGGACACAAAUAACGUCUUUAAAAUCGAAAGUGGGUGUUUUAGUUCCUAAAUGGCCCAUCCCAAAAUUGAUAAUCAAACCAGUUAACCAUUUUAACAUUUGAAAAUAAGGAGAAAGUUCUGUUAUUUUAAUUAUUUCGUUUGCAAUUUUUAUUUUUAACUUGUAAUCUAUUUUUUCCAUCCUCCAUCCACAUGUAUCCCGCCGUCGAUAACUCAUAGAUCAAUUAUGUAUAUUACAUAAUCGCAGCUGAUUCGAGUAGACUGUUUAAGUUAAGGUGGCUCUACGAUUAAAACCAUUAUAACGCAUGUAUUACACAUAGUUUAUUACACAAGCGUAGGUUAAAUUUUGGUAUAUUAUUUUUUUAGCGAUCGGAAUAUAUAUCACGUUACAAUGACGUCACAUUAGUUUUAGUUCUAAAGCGAAUUUCAGCCGUUAUCAGCAUUUUCUUUGGAAACGCUUUACGUAACAGAAACCCAAGCUAGCAAAAACGUUUUCUUGAUUGAACCCUGAAAAAGACUCUUCUUGUUUAGCUCACUACUUAUGACGGCGAACAUAAUGUGCCUGUAACCAGCAACUACGUUCAAAUGUCCAAUGGCUGCAUCCAGGGCUCGUAUGUGGAUAUGCCUGUGAGGAGAAACGCUGCGAAGGUGUUUGUGGAAUUGAAUCAGGCUCACGCUAGCAGUGUUUCUGGUUUGACCGAGUUGGAAAUAUAUAUUGAAGGAAAGGAAGUGUGGAAAAGGUAAGACUGGGGCCAUCGGCAGAUAGUUCGGUUUUUGUUGAUUAAUGUGUCGUGCGAAUAAUUUGUUCAAGUUUGGUUAUAAGAGAGUUUUUAUUAUCGACGACAAAAAGGCGUAAACAACUGAACCCGGUUUCUUGCGACCAGGAAACCACCUCCUUGAAACACGAUCAUCGAACUGCUCAUUUGUUUCCACGACUGGUUGAUUAGUCGAAUUUGUUUUUUGAGCAGUAGUCAUUUGGUGUACUCCAGUCAAUUUUCAUUCAUUAAGCCAUUCAUUUAUGGAAAGUCAGAAUUUGGCCAAUAGACAGCAGUUGAAUCUAUCUCUUUGGGAUAAAAAAUUAUUUAGGAGGUGAAUGACACUCUUCAGUUAUCUCGGCUACCUUUAUUACAAAAGAUAGGAGAUAUUCGAAGCAACAUUAGUUUGAUUUAACCUUGAUGUUUUAUUGUUUUAUUUGUUCCCUGUGUUACAGAUACAAACAUAGGAGUUUUGAAGGGGCAAAAACUUGGAUGGAGCCAGCGACUGGCACCAAUUUUCACAGUUUCAAUGAAGUCCACAUCCGGGGAUCAGCUCAGCUUGCAGUAAUGCCGCUGAACGGUCUGCAGGCGCCUGUACGUUUCCAUACCGACCGACUGUACGGUGACAGAAGUGGCUUUCUUCAUGUUGGAUUUAAUCAGAACUUCUCCGUCGCUGUCACUGAUCCCGACAUCCCGUUUGGUCUGCGCGUUUAUGAAAAUGGAAGUGUGAUGUUGCCGAGUCGCGCUUUCUUGCAAACCGUCAGCUUUAAAUCGUCUGGAAAGGUAUAAUCACUUUCAACAGGGAUUAAACAUCAUCCCUGGUUUAAUUUCAAGCACUAUAUAAAGGUUUACAACAUAGCUUAGUCUCAUAAUUGAGGUGUAAUCAAAACGAUCGACUUCAAUCAGCGUUGCUUUCAAAGCAGGACAAAAAUAUGAGUUCGUUAGAACGCGUAUGAAACGCUUUUUGGAACGUGGUUGCGUUUAAUAAACAUGCGUUCAUUGAUAUUGUUUUUAAUUGAUUGUUUUGUCUUCGUUGCAGAUCUGGGGUGUUCAGGAUUUGUUUGUGUUCGACCAUGGUUCGUUCUACUCUGAUGCGAACUCUAGUCUUGGCAGGGACGAACACCCAGGGCAGUUCUCGCUCCAGUCCCUUCAUCUGCAAGACAGAGGAGUGUUCGAGUUACAUUCAUCUGAUAAGGACCUAACCAGUCAAUUGUCACUCACUAACUUGACCGUAAGUAAGCUAUAUAUAUUAUCCAUUCUCAGACCACUUAGUUAUCUGACUGUCGAAUUAAUCUGUGAGUCAGGCUUAAAAAUCUUAAGCGUGUAAAGGAGCAUUUUAUCGCCAUUUUUGCUAUCAUUAUUACUAUUAUCUAAUCUCUUUUAUCUAAGGUAUUUUAUUUUUUGCUAUCAUAGCUUAGCUCUUUUUUAAAUGAUAGAUUUUUAUUUUAUCACAUUUCUUAUGUAACGGAUGUUAGUUCUUAAGUAGUUAAAGUUUUUUUGUUUUACUAAUGUUUUUGUAUUUUUUUUACUACACGUGCACAUUCGUACGAGUUUUUGCUAACUCUUAAGUGUUUACGUGUAUAAAUAAACUACUUAGCGUACUUUCUUACUUACUUAUCACUGACACUAGUUCACUGGUAAGCUAUGAAGUUAAUCUGGAGAGACCGUGAAUGAAUCAGUGAAUUAAGCAGUUGAUUAAACACUCUCAGAUCCAAAUUAAUUUGGAAAAACGUUGUGGGCUUUAUAAGACUCGGAUCGGAUAGGGCUUAUAGCACAUCCUUUUGGAGUUAAAGUACAUUGAGAGACCUAAUUACCUUUCCAUCAAACGUCACUGCAGAUAAGAGUGAUAAGAAGUGUGUCAAAAUCAUCUUUUUUCAUCGACCGGUUGUAGAAGGCUUAUCUCAUGCUGAUUACUGACGUUAUAAUAAUAUGAGCCGAUUGGCUAUGGUAAACGUCGGUCAGAAACUUUGCACUUCUUAGACUGCCUCACCUAGUUCAUUUCCUUUUUUGCCAGAUCUUUAGUGGCGGCCACUUCAAAUCCAAUAACAAACUGAACAUCUCUGUGCUACAUCUGCUGAGGAUUAACUCUGGAGGAAGACUGAGUCACAAUCACGCUGGUUACAUCACAAAGGAUGGAAGACCUGGAAACGAGUUUGAACCAUCUGAAGGCCCCGGUCAAGGUACUGGGAGUUCCUCUGGAGCAUCAGGGGCUGGAUAUGCCGGAACUGGUGGACGAGGGGCUGACGCGACUCGCGUGGGUCAAUUUUAUGGGGAUUACAGAAAACCUUUCGAUUAUGGUAGUGCUGGAGGUUAUGGCUUACAUUACGGUAAGAGGAAAUCCAUUUGGCAUAUAGUAGAUCACGAUUCCAUUAAUCAAAACGCCUGAAAGAUACGUAUAUAUAUUUUUGUCACGCAAUUCCACCUCGUUCAGCCUCUGUGGUCUUUCGUCUGCAAAUAUAUCGCAAAUGUCUCAUUUUCCACUCCCCUAAGCGCUUUUCAGCACUGGCUGGGGGACGAUUUACAGACUGUGUGAGGCACAGUUAACAAUGUCUGAAGUAUACGUUAUGAGUGACCCUUUACUGUGACGGUGAAUUUCUUUACGAACAGUGGGUGGAUUCUUUUUGGUUAAGCGGGUUAAGCAGAUACGGUGUUCUUGUAGAGAGGAGCUCUUUUUUACUUUAAAAUCUGUUCAGCUCACCGGUCAGAACUGUUCGAAAAUGAACUGGGCCAAUUUGUCUAUCUUUCUUUAGGCGACCUAUAUUUUGGAGACUACCGAACACAAACCGUGGGCCCGUACAAAAACCUCAUCACACGGGGCGGACUUGGAGGACAAGGAGGCGGGGCAAUAAAGAUUGUUACGCGCCAUUUGAUUCUUGACGGACACCUGUCAGCUGAUGGUGAAGACGGCCCUCCUCCAAGUACGUCAGGAGGAGGCAGUGGAGGUAGUAUUUGGAUAGACUGUGAAGAAUUGGACGGCUAUGGAACAAUCAGUGCUAAGGGUGGUGCAGGAUCUCCAAACAAGGGAGGAGGGGGGUCAGGUGGCCGGAUAGCAAUAUACCACGCGUUCAUGCUCAACUUCAACGGUACCCUGUCUGCCAAGGGAGGGGACAGCGGCGUUGAACCAGGCGCUUCUGGAACUGUAUAUCUCGAGACCCGAAACGGCAGCAAAGUAGAGUACAGAGUCUUAAAAAUCAAUAACUACGGAUUGGCCUACCCGUGGGCUGUGGACAAAUCAGAAGGAAGGCUUCGUCAUCUUAACAAAGGAAUAUACAGUGAUACAAAGUACAUUGGAGCUGUCACGUGGCUACACGAAGCAAACAGCUAUAUCUUAGAUGAGUUUCAUCUACAUGGCAAAUCUCAUAUCGCCUUUUAUGGAAACGGCUCACGUGAGAAUGUCACGUUGUAUGCCCAAACAUUGCGAGGAGAUCGGAGCGGUGUACUUCAUAUUGGUCGUUAUCAAUCCGUUGUAUUCAAGUUUGUUGAUUUGUACUUUCCAAUUAACACACUUGUUUAUUUUAACGCAUCCCUUGAAGUUCCUCGAAGACUGUCUCUUAGAGAAGUGUACAUGGAAGUUAACGGAACGCUUGCUGACUUCAACGACUAUACCAUUGACCGAAACGGGAAGCUUUACCUUUGGUCUGGUGGUAACUCACUUGGAGAGAGUAUUGGUCACUUCCGCUUCGUCAACUUGUCAGUUAAGUCGAAAGGUUUGCUUCACACAACGAAACUUCCAAAUCAUGGUCCAGUGAGUCUGCACAUGACGCGAUUUGCAAUAAACGCCGGUGGGUUAGCCAGUGUUGACGACUUUUAUUUGGAAUCAGUCAACGCCACAAUUGAUGUGGCUGGUACGUAUGGACUUCUGCUUAACGUUAAGCCAGGUCAAAGGCACCCCCAUAGACCCUAUAAAUAACCUCAUUGUUUGAAAAAUGAAUGCUUUAGUCGUCGUCGCAACUAACACAACUGCAGUGAAUUUGAAAACCUUCUUAACAUUCGGUCAGAUUGCAAUAUUUAAAAGGAUGAAAUUAGUAUGAAAAAAACCAAAUACAAAUAAAUCAAAUUCGAGAAAGCUGAGAAGGAAGAAAUUUAAUAACUACCCCGCAUGUGACUUCACUUCUCAAUAAGCGUGGAGAAUCUAAAAUCUAAAACUAAUAACGAACUCAACUUUAAAAUGAUCGAUUCCUUAAUGGAAUUUUGGUGGAUGUGCUUGACUCCGCGUGAUUGUAAACAAGUAACCUCUCUACUAAAUCAACUAUAUCAAAAAGUACGCUUAACUGCCGGAAUAGUCCUUAGGUUUGCAAGUUAGUUUUCUGCCUAGCUGAGUGAUGAAUUUCGACGAAUUUCUGUUUGACGUUUGAUUGCUUGGAAAAUUAUCGCGAGAUUUUUUAGCUAAUUCAUACAAGAUAGAUAGAUAGAUAGAUAGAUAGUUUAUUAAUAACGGAUUUGCAACUAAAAGUUGAAUUAUACGAUUAUUUACAAAAAAUUGAAUAUUGAUAAUUACAUUAAAAGGACUACAAGUGAUUUAAAACAACAAAUAAGGACACAUGUUCUAAAAAAAUAUAAAGAGGAGGUUUAAAAAUCUACUAAAACCGUUCAAGCCUUAACGGCCUUAAAGGUAAUAAAACUACUACGAAACCUGUUCGUCUUAAAAGCUGGCUUAAACUUCCGCAUAUUUCUUAGAUUAAAGGUAAAUGUGUUGCGAGCAGGAAGAAGUUCAUGGAGCCUUUUCUGUUCGUUCUGUAAAACAUUCUUAAAUAGUUUAUCAACUAGUUCCUGGCGGCGGUCUGAAAGUUUAGUUAGGCCUGAUUCAACCAAGGCCUCAUUGUAUGAGCAAAGAGGAAAAAUGAUGCGGAUAGCCCGCUUUUGUACUCCUUCAAGUUCGUUGGAGAGGUACACGGGGAGGCCGUCAUGAAAGACAGGACACGCGUACUCUGUGAUCGGACGAAUACAAGUGCAGAAAAACUGGACUAACUCACGGGUACCAAGACCAGAGCCUUUAAGCUGAGAUAAGCUAUACAAGCGCUUUUUAGCUUUCUUAAUAACGGAGUCAAUGUGACAAUUCCAUUUCAAAUCAUUGGAGAUGUUAAGGCCUAGUAUUUUGGCACUAGUAACUAAAUCAAUAGGCAUGCGAUUAACAACAAGUAGGUUGUUAGUGUUAAAGUUUAUAAGCAGUUCUUUGCAUUUCGUCUCGUUUAGUUGAAAACUAAACACAAGGCGUAGUUAUGACUGCGAUAAUAUUAGGUUGCAAGCAAAUCCAACUAAAGUUUCUUCAUUUUUUAACCAGGAAAAGUAUCAGCAGACUAUAGAGGAUACGAACCACAAGGGGGACCUGGGGCUGGUCUUCGGCAGACUUCCUACAACACCGGGGCAGGAGGAGGUGGUCACGGGGGCCGGGGUGGACGGGGAUCAGCUGGUCUCCGAGCGUCGUAUUCUUACGACUCCAUAUACGAACCAAACAUGUACGGAAGUGGUGGCGGUAACGGUCUGCACAGUGUUGGCGGGCGAGGUGGAGGACGUAUCGUAUUUGAAAUCUUGGAAAUGCUGCGACUCGAAGGGCGUCUGCAGGCAAACGGAGAACCGAGAGGUAGUUCUAAUCCCAGCGGUGGGGGUGCCGGUGGAAGUAUUAUUAUCCGAACGUUGAAUUUUGAUGGUGAAGGCUCUGUAACAGUGAACGGUGGUUCAUGUUCUUCGAGCGGUAGGCCUUAUGGUGGCGGCGGGGCUGGCGGUCGCACUGCUGUUUACUACAAUGGGAAUUAUACGUUCAUUGGAUCAUACCAGAGUGCUGGAGGAGCGAGUCAAGCGGAGCGUGGUGGAGCAGGGUCAGUUUACAUUGAAAACAACCGGAACACCAGUCAGCCCUACCGUAUUUUUAGAAUUGACAACAGAGUUUCGCCUAGUGGACCAUCGAGACUUCUUGAAGUUCAUGAGCUAGACCUUACGGGAAACUCUGCAGGUAAUUUUUGCACUAAUAUGUUUUUUCGACGAGUCAUUUGUUCAGUUGGGGGUUUUCAUGCAAAAUAGUGGCAGCUGUUGUGAAAAACUCUUAUUGGAUUUGAACUUAGCUAGUGAUUUUGGGAGUUUUUAUGAGUUUUCUGGUGGAUUUUCCGGGAAAAAAGGAUUUUGGCUGGGACUCUUGCACAGAUGGAAAGGUGAGAAUUUUUUUCUGUGCUCAAGGUCUUUUGAGUUUUACAGAGUCAAACAUUUUGUCUUUACUCGCAUCACUCCGUCUCAACCCUAAAAGCUCAAAAAUCGGUGAUUUUAUCAGUCGUUUAAAAUAAUAUAGAAAAAAUCUGGAAAAGCGGAAGUUGCGUAAUUAGAAUUCUGAUGUAACGAGUUACAUCAAAGUUUCUGCAUCUUGAAAACUUCAUCUAUAUUUAAGAGUGUUUCGUUCAAAAUCCAUGUUGAUCUCCUCCAUCCUAAACCAUUCAAAUUUUUUAUAGUUUAUUGUUACCUCUGCUUAUUUUCUAUUACACCAGGUAGUAAAAUGGUGUUUUCUUCCAUUUCAAGACAAUUUUCCACAUUGUAAAAUUAUUAGUUAAAACGUUAUGUCAGACUUUAGAGUAACACCUUAAACUUGUGAACAUUAUUUUGGAGGUGUUUUCUGCUCGCACAUUACUAUUUUAUCACGCGAUGCGUUUGACCAAUGGUAUAUAAAACUCUGAAAGGUUUGAACCCAGGAGUCAUUUUAAAAGUAGGUUGAGUUUGAUCGUCCGGGUGAACGUAGUCCUGAAUAGGACUGUUGUCGUUGACAGUGACUGACGUUUCGACAACCUGUGCGGUAACCAUCUUCAGAGUCAAAGUGAGUUGUAUCACGUCAGUUGAUGGUAUUAUACUCUGGUUAUUGAUCUGAUUGGUCAGUUACGUCGCGAUGUUAUUGGUCGUCUCUCAGUUAAGCCGUGAUGUUAAUUGACUGCGACUCUGCGACAUGUGUAACGUAUUCUACAGACUACUAUCAACGUCUUACUUUAGAAAGCUGGUUUACUAACUUAGAACAAACGCCACUGAAUCGUAGCCAACAGUUACCAGCGUCGUACAAACGACUUAUUGACGAGAUCAAGCAAAACUAACUACGAGAGAACGACUGAAGAACUGACAAUUUGACUAACAAUAGACGACUGUUUAACUGUGACAACAGACGGAUCGAAACGAACCAAUUACUGAUCACGAGUCUUCAUAGUCAAUAACAUCACGGCUUAACUGACAGACGACCAAUAACAUCGCGACGUAAUUGACCAAUCAGAUCAGUAACCAGAGUAUAAUACCAUCAACUGACGUGAUACAACUCGCUUUGACUCUGAAGAUGACUACCGCACAGGUUGUCGAAACGUCAGUCACUGUCAACAACAACAGUCCUAUUCAGGACUACGUUCACCCGGACGAUCAAACUCAACCUUCAAUAACCAUGUUUUGUUGCUGGUGGCUAAAAAGUGUUACGUUAUAUAUUGUAUCCGUAGGCUAUCCAUAUUAUCAAACAUUGUACCAAGCUCCAAACGGAGUUAUUUUGAGUACCACUGGAUCUCCAUAUUGCAGAAAACCCACAAGAAAUCCUAAAAAGUGCGAUACAGAUAACUCAUGGCUGGCUAACUUAUUUCUAUCGACAACCGAUCACUAUUACACCACGCAUUCCAGUCCAAUAAUAUCGUACCGCUUCCCGUUACCGUUAUUCUUGGAAUACAUGUUGAUUUAUCCUCACUGUAGCUCCGACCACUGGACUCCGUAUUAUGUGCGUAUUUAUUUGGGCAGCAGCGAAGUUACUGGGACAAAUGGCUGGGUAGAUCCGACCAAUUGCCUCCAAGGGCAAGCUAGCAGACUGAUUGUAAGACGAAGUGUAGAUAAGGUACAGUGUAUCAGUUUUGAAAUUGGGCACAGUCUCAUUAAAGACUCAAAAGAAAUGUUCUACGCUCAGAACAAAUCUGUGUAAACUAAAUGAUCUCUUUUACAUUUUAAGGUUUCUAUCAGUCUUCAGAGAACUAGAACUUACGCUUCUCUUAGCACCGUCAAGUUCUUUGUACGUGAGAAUCCAUCAUCUACGCUGCAAGAACCACAUUACACGAGUCCAAGCACCGCCUGGAUUGUCAGCCAGUAUGAAAAAACCACAGAUCAUCAAUUUAAUGAGGUAUAAAGCACUAAGUAGACGAGACACUAUAUUGCAACACUACGAAAAUUUCAUUAACUCUUCACUUAGUUAUUCUCUCGUGGUCUUCUGCCAAUUACAGUGUCCCUGUUCUACAGGUUACAGUCAUAUUUGUCUUCGGUGCCGUUAGAUCGUGGUACAGCUAGCAAGUCUUAAAUAAUUUUAAGGAAAUUAAGACAAUUAUCUGGUCAAUCAGUGUUUUGGUCAUUCUGAGUAACCACACACUGUUGCGGAGGUGAUCUCCUUAAAUUUAUCUUAAACAUCAUCGAAGUCGAAAAUUUCCAUACCGUAACCUAUUUUCCGUCUUUUUUUUUUGGCAAGCUAUACAUUCUUGGUCAAGGCAGCCUGUCAUUAUCUGGAAAAGAUUUCAAGAUGAGCGUGGACAAGAUUGUGGGCGACAGCAGUGGUAUCCUGACAUUACGUCCCUCCCAGACUGUUCACAUGAGAGGCUCAGAGGGUCACCUUCCUUUCUCGGUCUUAUCGCAAAAAGGAUCCAAUGUGACCUUCCCCACCAGUACGACCUGUCGUAAAGUUGAGAUCGUUAUGCGAGGCGUGAUGGGUCAGAUGGCAAAUCUCACCGUUGGACCGCAGUGCCGUUUUGUCUUACAAGAUUCAACGGAGACGGAAUUUGCAUUGGAUCACGUGGUUGUCCAAACUGAUGGUUACAUGGCAAUGCUCAGAGAGGAUAGAACAGAUGUUGAAAUGAUUGGGAAAAAACUCGAUAUCAGAGGUGGAGCUACGGUUAGUGAGCUGAAUUAAUCGUAUAUUGUAUAGAUUAAGUAGUUAAUCCGCCGUUACUUCAAUAUAAUGGUCACUUACUUCUUUGUUUACAGAUGGAGGGCAACAGUCUUACUUUAGACUACAUAAACGUCACAAUCGAACCCUUCGCAACUUUGUCAGCUAACGGCCUUGCGGGUGAACUUCCUGGAUCUCGUUACUAUGGAGAUGGAAGGGGAAGUGUUUCCGGUUCCUCGGGCGCAGGCCAUGGCGGUCAUGGUGGAAUAGGUCAUGGUCAGUCCAAAGUUGGUAUCUCCUACGGAAAAUACCGAAGACCCACCACGUAUGGAAGUACUGGUGGAGCAGACGUUUUCCCGUUCACGGGUGGAAUAGGAGGAGGGAGAUUCAAAAUUAUCGCUCAUGACACCUUGGUGGUUGACGGACAAUUGUCUGCCCGUGGGGGAAAUGCACGGGCUACCCGAAGUGGAGGAGGCAGUGGUGGAAGUAUUCUUGCAUACACGUCACGAAUCCACGGCGAUGGAGAGUUCGAUGUUUCUGGUGGCGACGGAGAUGGCUCCUAUGGGGGUGGAGGUGGGGGAGGUCGUAUUUGCUUGUACUAUAGAGAGAACCACUUCCUAGGACGAUAUCUUGGUAUGGGUGGCGCAAGUUCAUUUGAGCAUGGGGGACCAGGGACAGUCUUUCUUGAAAAUGUGCCUGGAAUGAAUGCCACUUAUGGCCAUGACCGCAUUGAUGAAGCAGCCCACGCUGAAAGAGUUGUUAUUGAUGAAGACGUCACUAAUGGCACAAAAUGGACGCGAAAUAGGACGUUGUACGCAAACGCGAUGGGACGGAUCCCUCGAUCGCCAGGAGCUAACCUCAGCGCAAGCUACAGUGAUUUCAGUCAUGGAGGAUCAAGCAGAAUGUGGCUUACGCUAGACGAUAAGGACCUGGAAAACAAUGGAACUGACGUAGAAUUGGACGAGUUGCAGCUGUACGGUGGAGCGCAGCUCGCUAUUCUUAACCCAGCAAACGCCAAAGCACGCAUAUCAAUCGUUAUUGGUCAAAUGCAGGGGGACAGGUACGUUCUUUCCGUUUCUAACUCCCAAAAUGUAUCCCGCUCAGUCUGUGUUAUUAUAUGUCUACUUAAAGUCCAUCGAACACCAGAGGUUAUCAAUUGUACUUGGCCAAAUGCCGCGAGAUACGCAGUGAUAACAAUAUACUCUUCUUUAGUAGAGACUAACUAGCAUACUAUCACGAAUUCUGUAAUCUGAUUGACUAACGUACUCACUAUUCGGUACGGUUUGGUAGUGAGUAGCGGCGAUGCAUUUUGAACAAUAACAAAACAAUGGAAACGUUUUAACACGUCGUUUCUGCGAUGUUUCCAGGAAUGGCGCAAUUAAAGUAAAUGAAUUCAUUAUCCUACCUGGAAAAUAAACUAAAGAAAACACGAAACACGAAAAAAAUAUUAAUAAAAUUGGUAAGUAACAGAGGCUACUUUCAUCUAAACGUGGUACAGAAUCAAAGAUAGUUUGCCUGGGGGUUUACACUAAAACAAUUUCGCCACUAUUUCUUGUUUUUUAAGAAUCAAAUACCAACCUUUUUGUGUAAUAUGGACGAAAUCUGAUCUCGUUGUUACGGCUUUGAGUUAAUUUUCAUUUCUAAGGAGUGUACGGCAGACUUAGACUUCUUCUAACUGCGCAUGAUUUUUAUGAUAUUACAUGAACACAUAUAUGCGCAAGUGGUGUAUGUCCAAGUGAUUUUAUUAUUUACAACGACACAAGAUGGUUUGGUCAAAACCUUUGCAAGAGGUUACUAGAACUGUUUCAAAUUAAGAAAUGGUAAAUUUUGCAUCUUUCCCUGCGUAUCUUCGUAGCGUAGUAGCUAGAGCAUCCAGCAAGUUCUCAGAAAGUCUUGGGUUUUCAAGAAAUAGCUUUUCUCGCGUCCUGUCGUAUUUGUAACGCGCCUAACCCUAACCCCCGCCCUUUUACUUUUUUAUCCAGAACCGGAAGAAUUCACCUAGGUUUCAACCAGACGUUCCUGUCCCUGCGGUCGUACCUCCCCAUGGAUAUGAUCAUUUACCAAGGAGCAUUGACCACAAUGCAAGGCGAGUUGCUGGUUGCCGGGGUAUCAGUUGAGAUUGAUGGAGUUCUAAAAAGAUGUCAGAAUAUUACUGUGGUCGAUGGUGGCGUUAUUCGCAUGAAGGAAAUGUAUGACACCGAAGGAAAACCUACCAAGGUAUUUGAAAGAACCGUGAAAACGGCAAAAAAAAUUGAAAUGACGAUGCUAGAUGUGUAGCUAUUUUUAUGUUGUGUAGAAAUCAGUCAGCCAAUUCUUUAUUUUAACACGGUAAAAGUCCAUGUGGUUGGUACAAUAUAAGCGAGAACCACUACACCAUUUCUAUAAAUAUGUAUCUAAGAAGCCUCUUAAAAUUACUAAUACUACUCCCAAUUACUACACUACACUGGACCUGCUUUCUAUAAAUGCCGGCCUUGUAUAUAAGUUAAAUAAGGCCCGGUUCAGACGCCGAACUUUUCAUGAGCCGAACCUAAUUCGAAUUAAGGCCGACCCAAGUUAUUGAGACCGGCUAAAGUGAUUCAGACGCCGAUCUUAAUUCCAGCCGAACUAAAUUCAGAAGGCGAAAACUGGGCAUUUCGGUCAAACUGCUUACAAAAUACGUUAUAAGUAAAUCUGCAUUUGGUUAGGUACAUGAAAAGGUCGGCGUCUGAAUCAAAGGCGUUCCAAAGUCGAUCCAAAGGCAAAUUCCCGGCCGGACUAGGCGAAAAGAACGGUUUAAUUCAAUGUAUUAGGCUCGGCUCAUGAAAAGUACGACGUCUGAACCGGGCCUAAAAUGAUCAGGUUUAUCAAUUGCUUAAAACAGUUAAGUCAUCCCACUUGAUUGCAAGGAAAGUUGUUCCAGAGAGUUUUACCUUUAUGGCUAACGCUCUUUUAAAAUGUUUAGUCCUUGGUAAAGGGACAUCCCUUAAGUGCCUUUUCAGAGGUAGCCUGACCUACUGCGUUCAGUAAACAUAGAGGAUAGGUAGUCAAGAGCCAGACCAUCAAGAGCUUUGAAGCCCAUUAUUUCAUGCUGAGUAGUCAAAUCUUCUAACUCAGUAGUAGUAAAAAGCACCCAGCAUCGUUUUUUUCCUGAAAGCGUUUAAUUCCCUCACACAAUACUACAGUAAUCCUUAUGGGGUUGUUCCAAGGCAUUUAGACGCAAUGUAGUAUAUCUAAUGAAAAAAGUUCGUUUUAUUGCAUCAAUGCCAGAGGCAAUCUUUUCGUAUAGUUUGUCGACAUAACAAUCCUAUGCCAUGCUUUAAAUAGUCAAUUUUGUUUUAUUGCUGAAAAUAUACCCCAACGGGGAGCGCUCUCAUAAGUUUUUCUGAGGUCCCAUGACAUAAUCGCCUCUGAACGGCAAAAUCCAUGACGUCAGAGGGUAACAGUCCUUCCGAUCUUCACCUCUCUCUGACUUUUUGUACCGGCACCCAGAAGUGUUUCUUUCUGUGCUAUUUGAGAAAUCACCUUAUGUCGACCGGUCAGUUGGGAAACUAUUUUAUUUUUUAACUGUCUCCCAUUAGAAGCAGUCGUUAACUACAUGUAUUUAAUGUUAGUGAGUUUACGCGACGGGACGGCAGGAAGAAUAGAGCGGUAAACAUGCGUGUGACAAACGUGACAGGGCUAUUACUUGCGGGUUUUGUCUUGAUCGUCUCUUAAUGUUUUCUGGUCCUGUACAAAAAGAUCUGUUUAAAGGAAAGCGAAGUUUGGCGAAAAGUUGUUUCAGACAAAAUUAUUUUCACGCUUGUCACACAAGAUUUUCCGUCUUCUUUCCUCUCCGGUCCUGUUGCUGAAGUUCACUAAUGAAGACUUAACACAUCUCUGGAUGCUGCACAUUGAUAAGUAGCUAAGAGGCAUUCUUGAAGAUGAUUUCUUCCGCAGAUGAAAGAAUCUAAAGUAAAUUGAUGUUGAUUUUGUUUCCAGACGUUUUUCUUUGAAACAAUUCAAGUGCGAAACAAGGGCAUCAUGAAAGUAACGAAUCAAGAGCGAGUACGUGAAUUCCGCGGAACAUCCAUCCAGGUGUUUGGUGGUGGAACAUUCACAGCGGUUAACCUUCAUGUACACGUCAAGAAUUUUACUAUUGAUGCUUUAGCUACUGUGUGGGCUACACUGAAGGGAGAGAACUUUGUUUACGACGGUAAGCUUACCAUAUUAAAGCCAUUUUUUCUAUUUUAAAAGGAAAAGAAGUGUAUUUUUAGAGACUGGAAUGGUUGCAACUUUACUCUUGUUCAAUAUGCAGUGUAACAAAACAACAUAACAUAACCAGUAGCAGUCUGUCGGUUCUGUAAAACCACAUUAUGGUCAUAGCGCUCAGAGCUAUUGUCCCGAUGCCCAUUAAAGUGUCAGAAGCAGUCGUAGUCAGACCAGGUUUUUUAAAUACUCUUUCUUCGUUUGUAACGGUAGCAAACCAGGAAGCCAUUUUUCUCGUGAGUUACGCGAGUUUGGCGUCGCUCGGAGGUGAAUAGCUCUGGAUAUCAAGAGUUUGAGCAGCCUAUCAGAGCGCGCGAAAAACGCGAUCUACUGUUUUAGUAUAUACUAAGCAUCAAUAUCACAAGCAGAGUAAGGCCAAAUGCUUUCAAGGGAUACCACGCGGAGUUGAUGAUCUUGUUUAAGAGCUAUGAAUUGUUUAAUGCUAUGCUCAGCACCAAAGCACUAAAAUCACCAAUAAGAAGGCCACUUUCGGAUCAUACUAGACAAUCUGUUAUCACAAGUACGCUUUCUAGGAGUCGAAUAAGAAUAUUUGUAAUUUUCCUGACAGGUAAAGGUCCUGGUGCCGACUAUCCAUCCCCGGGCUUUGCUGGGGGAUCUGGAGGGGGUCAUGGAGGACUGGGUGGCCGCGCAGUGAGUCAAGUUACUACAGGAGGCGCUUAUGGGUCCAUUACAGAACCCGAUGAGUUUGGUAAGAUGUACAUAAGCUAACUCUCGACACAACUUAAGUCCCAUUAACAGUGACGCUGAUCGACGACUCAACUAUCCUCUAUCACUUGCCUUAGGAACGCGUAAAGGCAGUAGAUCGUCCCACAUGGGAGGAAGCUGGAAACAAUUGGCUGACCCGAACGUAGAUAUCUUUUCGUACACUUAUCACAAGCCCUUUGUUCUCCACACGAUCUUUUCACCCGUGGCGUCGAGAAACAGUAGUUUUCAGCUUUCUUAAAUAGGCGUUAAGCCACUUCAGAGGAUGUUUGGUAUACCUUAUUUGACUCUCGGCUUAACACAGUAAAUUCAACAUUCAACAGGUAGCAGUGGUGGAAAGGGAGGGAGUGGACGGCUGGGAGGCCGCGGCGGAGGAAUUUUCUUCCUCAACAUUAGUGAUACUUUGGACAUUGAAGGAACUUUGAGCGCAAAUGGCGACAAAUGCGUUGGAUUGUACGCUGGGGGAGGCAGUGGAGGGAGCAUUCUCAUCAGGACGAACAUGCUUGAAGGAAGUGGAACUGUUCAGGUCUGAAAUCAAUAACUCUUUCACAAGAAUGCUUAAAUAAUAUGUUCCAACAUUCAUAAACACGAAAGUAAAAAGGUAAAAGUUAAAGGUAACAACUCUUACCAGGCAUAUGGUUAUUUUAAGAUGCCACUUUGCAUGGUGGUAAAUGAUCAUAAAAGCCAUGCCAGAAAGAGCCUAAGCUCCUGACAGGUUCUACCAAACCCAACUGAUCUAGACCAAAAAACAGACUAAAAACCGUCCCUGAUGCUCUCGUUCGAGGGCCAAGCAAUGGGUUAAUCACCUACGCUUGAAAAGAAAACCGUUACAAAAAACGCGAAUAAGAUUUUUAUUCCCUUUCCAGGUUGGGGGUAGGGCUCCUACAGACCCUGAGUUACCAAAGAUUGAUAAAAAAAAAUAAAGCACUGAGAACGGUCUUGGAAAAAGAGCUGGACUGCUGCUUCAUAGCCACCAGGAAGAAGAGCUAAAUGGCAACGCGAUAAGAUGAUGACGAUAAUGAUGAUAGUGAUAAUGAUUGUAGUUAUUUCGGUGCCGUGUGACGUUUUGCAUUUGUAUGUAGUCUAUUGUAUAUGAAGACAGACCCUUGUGGCAAUUAAACGUCUACAUGAGACCCUUUGCUGAUUGUCCUAGCUCUUCAUGCACAUGACAAAUGUUAAGUUAAUUAUGUUUAGUCCUUAUGAUAAAUAGUUAUAGUCUCGUAAAUAUUUAAGAAUGUUACUGUAUUGGAAUCUUUGAAAAAACCGUUUGUGGUUAGGAGAUGUUAGGAAAAAGGGCAACAUCUCGUUAAACUAUAAGACAGGUAUCUUUGUGACGUAAUUAGUGAUGCUACUCCCGUGUUAUAUAAUUUAUUUGUUUAUUUCUUUCAAGGCCAAUGGCGGAAAUGGAUAUAGCCAUCCGACGAGAGGAGGAGGAGGGGGUUCAGGAGGACGAAUCGCCUUGUACUACCGGGGAGGAUUUUUUGAUGGCGUCCUUGAGGCUGCUGGUGGAAAAGGCAAUGUAGAGAAUGGUGCAGCAGGAACUGUGUACGUGGAAAAGGCGGGAAACAUUUCUGAGCGUGCACACCGAACGCUAAGAGUGGAUAAUAGUGGUCGACCACCAAUGACUGAACGAAUUAACCAGGUAACAAGAAAGCAAACACACGGCGAAGGGUCAGCUAAAAUCUCCUAUUUCGUUGAAUUUUUUAACGUUCUUGUCUUGGAUAAAAAUGCAUAAAAUCUUACAACAUAAAUGAUAGUAGCUUUGAAUGGUGUUAAGCUUUAAGGAAUCUUUUUUGCAUGGUUCGAGAAGAGUUGUACCAUUUUGUUUCGCUGUUAACUAAAUAGGCAAAGAAAACUGAAUACCUUUAAUGUCAAAACGUUUUCAUAGUCAACAAGUGGAGUAAAUAAAUUGAGGUAUUGUUUCCAUAGGUGGAGGAAGUAAAGCUGUAUCCGGGUUCGAU